ACUUUCCCUGCAAUAUGCCCCCAUCACCAGACCACAAGAAUUUACAGAAUUCAAUCCAGUGUUAACACUAAAGAUCACAAUUCACUCACACAACAGCCAUUUAAAAAUGUAGCAAGCAGCCAUGGCAGAAUCCAGAGACUAUGUUGGAGACUUCCUGACGGAAUUCAGGGAGCAGAUCAUCGCAAGGGCGACACAAGUCAGUGACAUCGCAGAGGCUGUUAUCUCUCAAAGCCUGAUCUAUGAUAGGGCAGCUGAACAAGUGCAGGCCGCUCCAACCCAACAGGAGGCAAUGCGGCUCCUGUUUGAGGCUUUGGAAAGAGAGCCACCCCGACACAAAGUGUCUUUCCAUCUAAUCCUGAGAAUGACAGAGCCUGAGCUGAUCCAAGAACUAGAGUGGAGACAAAUCAACAGUAAGCACACACAAACAGAGCCAGGCAGUCCUCCUAGAUCUCCCAGAGAGAAAAGGAGACAGGAUGACAAAAAUGGACGGACAAUUGACAUCCUCAAAAGAAAAGACUCGAUGAAGAAAAGAAGACUGGAAACAAUGCGUGCCAUCGAGCAGAUUGAGAAAUUUUGGGAAGGAACCAAGCAAGAGAGGACUGAGAUAGACAACAUGAGGCAGAAGAUCCAGCGACAGCAAGAUGAGAUAGCCAGGAUGACAAUGGAGAAAAAACAACUUGAAAGAACUAUUACUCAAAUGAAAGGUGAGAUGGAUCACAUCCAUGAAAUAAUGGAUCGAACCAAAGAAGAGAUAAACAGGGAGAGGGACAGGAUUGAGCAAAUGAGGUCUGAUCUCCAAACAGAACAAACUGCUCUGGAGCAAAAGCAUGAUGAAAUCAUGAGAGAGAGAAAUAAUUUGGAGAUGUUCAGGUAUGAAACUCUAAGACAGAAGGAGGAGCUGGAGAGCAACCGUGAAAGCACCAAGCAUGAGAUGGAACGAAUGGAACAAGUGAAAAGUGCCAUACAGGUUCAGAUUAAUGAGAUAGAGAUGAAGAUUGAGGAAACAAAGCAGGCAAAGAGUCAGAUGGAGCAAAUGAAAACUGAAAUAGAGGAAGAGAAGAGUGAGUUGGAGAGAAAAAAGGAUGACAUCAGGAGGCAAAGAGAGCAAUUUGAGCAGAUUAAACUUGACAUACAUCAAGUGAAGAUGGAAAUGGAGCAAAGGUGGCAUGAAACUGAGAAGGAAGGUCUGGAACAGAAAGCUAUAAUACAGAGAGAGAAAGAUGAGCUAAAAUAUCUGCAAGAAGAGAUUCAGAGAGCAAGAGAAGAAGCUGAAAGAAACAGAGAGGAGUCCAAACAUGAGAAAGAGAGAAUAAACCAGCUGAGAGUUCAAGCGCUUGGAGAAAAAGACCUAAUUGAAAAGAAAUGGCAAGAGGUGUUAAGAAAAGAAAAAGAUUUGGAAGAGAUGAAAAAUGAAAUUGAGAUAGGUAGAGAGGAGUUGGUGAUGAAUGGAGAGUUGGUCAAAAAGGAAUGGGAAAAGAUUGAACAGGCCAAGGCAGAGAUACAAAGUCACAUCAAUUAUAUGGAGGCCAGUGUUGAGGAGACAAAAAGAGAAAUUGAAAGGCUGAAACAUAUAAAAAUGGAGAUGAAGAGAGAAAAGGAGAAUUUUGAAAAACAGAAGGAUGAAACAAGGAAAGCUAAAGAGGAAAUUGAGAAAAAAAGAUUUGAGAUAGUUACAGAAGAACUAGAGCACAGAGCUCGACUACAGAGGGAAAGAGAUGAACUGGAGAGUAUGAGAGUAGAGAUACAGAGAGCUAAUGAUAUGGAGAAAGCAAAGAUUCUGAAAGAAAAGGAAGAAAGCACUCAGAUCAGAGAAGAGGCCAGACAAGACAGGGAAAUUACAGAAAAAAUCCAAGCAGAGAUCAAGGCCAAAAAAGACCAAUUGAACAGAAAACAAGAUGAAAUGCUCAGGGAAAGACAGGAACUUGAGAGAAUUAAGCAAGAGACAAUAAGAACCAAAGAAGAGAUUGAGAAUAGCCAGGAAGUCACAAUCCGAGAAAAUGAAAAAAUGGAAAAAAUUAAGGCUGACAUUCAGGGGCAAAUUGAAGAAAUUGAGAAAAAGAUUGAGGAGAACCAAAAAACAAAGGAAAAAACGGAGGCGAUGAAAGCUGAGUUGGAGGAAGAGAGGGAAGAAUUGGAAAGAAAGAGAGAUUUGGUGAGAAGAGAGACAGAGCAGUGUGAGUUUAUCAGAAGUGAAAUCCUCAGAGUAAAGGAGGAAAUGGAGAGUAGGUGGCAUGAAACAGAACAAGAAGAAAUAGAACUCAGAGCAAAUACUCAGCAUGAGCUGGAAAGGCUGGAAAAACUACGAGAUGAGGUUCAGAGAGCCCAGAAACAUAUUGAUGAGAGCAGCACAGAGCUAAUGCAAUGGAAGGAUAAUCUUGACAUAAUUAAAGUUCAGGCAGAAGAGGACAAAUAUGCAGCUAUCAAAAUGAUGGAUGAGGCUAAAGCAAAGGGAGUGGAGUUAACAAAAAUGUUAGAAGAGAUGGCGACAGAGAGAGAAGCGAUUCAAAGUAGCAGAGAAAAGGCUAAACAAGAAACAGAUGAAAUCAAACAAAUGAGAGACGAGCUGAAAAGACAAAGGGCAGAAAUAGAGAAUAGGAUUGCAGCAGCAAAACAAGAAAAAGAGGAGGCAAACCAAGCCAAGCUCGAUGUCCAAGAGACUGAGUUGCUCUUGAAAAGGCAAAUGGAAGAUUUAGAAAAGAGAAAGUAUGCAACUAUAGCAGAGGCACUAAAGCAAAGAGAUGAAAUACAUACGAAAACAGAGGAGUUAGAACAAAUAAAUACAGCAAUAGAAAAAGCCAAACUUGAGCUAGAGAAGAUAAGGGACUCUGAAAAAGAGAGUUUGCAGAAGAUGUUGGAGGAUGCAAAGCGAGAAAGAGAGAUAGUCGAACAAAUAAAAACAGCUCUGCAGAAGGACAAGGAAGACCAAGAAAAGCGUUCAGCUGAUAUUGACAAUGAAAGAGAGGGGCUCGAGCAAAUUCGAUUUCAGGUCCAGAAUGAGAAGAAGGAACUAGAAAAAAGAAGGUAUGAGAUGAUGAGAAAUAAUUUAGAACAGAGUGCUCAGUUGGAGAGACAAAGAGAAGAGCUUGAAAAAUUCAAACUUCAGGUCAUUAGUGACAAAGAGACAGUAAACAGGAGUAGAAUGUUGGCAAGACAAGAUAGAGAGAAAGCUGAGCUGUUGAUGAUUGAGAUCCAGAAACAGAGAGAGGACAUACACAAACGGUUGGAAGAGACAAAGCAAGGAGAGGACAGUUUGAGACAGAUGAGAGAGGACAUGGAGCAUGAAAGAGAAGAUCUGGCAAAAAUCCUUGAGGAAACACUCAGAGGGAAGGACACUUAUGAUGAAGUCAAGGAUGAGAUAAACAGAGUGAGGAAGGAGAUGGAGAGAUUGUGGGAUGAGGCUGAAAAGGGAGAGCAGGAGGAACGAGAGAAAAUCAACAGGGAGAAAGAGGAGAUGAUGAGGAAGAUGGAAGCGAUGAAGAAGGAGAUGGUGGAGAUUAAAGACAUGAAGUUGCAGUUGAUGAAACAGAAGAAUGACAUUGAUGUAAAGAUGGAAAGGGCGAGGAUGGAAAUGACUAAACUUGAAAGGAUGAAAGCAGACCUGCAGAAACAGAAAGAGGAGAUUGAGAACAAAUUGGCAGAAACAAAGAGCGAGAGGCAUCAGAUGGAACUGAUAAGGUCUGAGAUUUUGAAACAAAAAGAGGAUGUUGAAAGAAAAAUUGAGCUAGCAAAAGCAGAGAUGGAAAAAAUGCAGGACAUCAAAGAUGAAAUACAAAAACAAAGAGAGGAGCUGGAGGAAAGGAUGCGUAAGACCAAACGAGAGAUUGGAGAAAUGGAUUUGAUGAAAAGAGAGAUGGAAGGGAAGAAGAAAGAACUUGACCAAAGGAUGAAACUGACCAUGAGAAAGAAGGACGAGAUGGAACGAUUGAAGAUGGAGAUACAGAGGGCAAAAGAAGAGAUGGAAUGCAAAAGGGUGGAGACUGAGAGGCAGAAGUACGAAAUUGAACAGGUUAAAGCUGAAAUCCAAAGGGCAAAUGAAGAGUUUGAACUGAGAAUGGAAGAGAGAGAUUUAGAAGAAGAGAAAGGCAAGAUGAACCUCACAAUAAUCAACCUGAUUCAGCAAAUCGAGACAACGAGAGAAAUCGUUCAGAAUACGAAAUUCCAGAUUGAAAACAGAAUGGCAGGAAGUCAAAUGGAGGCAGCAGACCAAGAGGAGAUGAACGCUGAGAUGCAAAGGCUCAUUUUGGAGAUCGAACACAUCCGAGAAAUGCUGCGUGGUCUCAAAAAAGAGGUGGAGCAAAACAAAGACACAAUGAAGAGAGACAAAGAUGAGAUGAGGCUGUUGAAGAUCGAAGUUCAACAAAGGAAAAGAGAGGUUAAAUAUAAAGAAGAAAAGAUUAUGAGAGAACGAGACGAACUAGAACUCAUGAGAUCUAUGAUACAACGGCAAAGAGACGAGCUGGAGCAGAGGUUAGAAGAGGCUAUUAAAGAGAAAGACAGGGUUGAGCAGAUGAGAGAGGAUGUGAAUAAGGCUUUGGAGGACAUAGAGCAGGCAAAAGAAGAAAUAAAGAGAGCAAAAGAACUGAUCGCUCAAGAAAAGGCAGGCCAAGAAAAGGUUCUACCAACCAUCAGUGCAAUCAAGAGCCAAGAUGUUUCAAAAACAGAAGACUUGAGCUCCACUAAAACAUUUUCAGCAGACAAAUAUGAACCAAGCUUUUCUGAUAUUCAGAAAGAAAGAAUGGAAUUGGAACGAUAUAAAGAAAUAAUUUUAAAAGAGAAACAUGAACUAGAGAGGACAAAAGAGGACAUGCAAGCAGUGAAGGAUAAAGCUGAAGGGAGGAUGGCCAUACUACAAGAAGAAGAAAAAGAGAUGCAAAAGAAACGAGAGAGUCUAGAAAACUGGGAGAGGCAAUUGAAAUCAGAGAGAGAACACAAUCAAAGAGGUUUAGAGACAAUAUGGAGAGAGAAGGAACUGCUGGAUCUAAGAAAACAAGAAUUGAACAGUAUGGAAUUAAAUCUACAGAGAGAGAAAUAUGAAUUGGAAAGGACAUUCAAAUCAAGAAGGAUGGAGAUAAGACAAGCUGAUGUCGAAGUUCAAACUGAUGAGCUGGAUGGUAUUCAUGAAUCACAAAUCAAAUAUGCAGAUGUGACAGGAAAAUAUGAGUUCAUCUUGCCCAUGGAGGAGCUGUAUAAAGAGCGACAGACUAUAGAGUAUCUUAAAGAAGACAUUCUUGCACAAAAAAGUACACUAGAGAAACAAGCAGCAAAAAUAAAACUGACAGAGGAUGAACUUCCAGUCAAGGAAGCCACAUUACAAACUGCAACUUCAACUGCAGAAAACCUUGAGUUACAAUUAGAGCUGCGAAAACAAGAAUUGAAACGUUCAAAAGACGCUCUUGAUAGAGAAAAGGAAUAUAUGGAAAAGGCAAAGCUAGAAAUACAGAAAGGAUGGGAUGACCUGCAAGCUCAGAUUAUAAAAAACAGUAAGAAAGAAGACAUGAUAAAAACAGAAUUGGAAAAAGAGAGAGAUUUUCUGAAUCAAUUUAGAUGGGAUAUGGAGCAACAAAAGCAAACCAUGGAGGCUGAUAUAAAAGUCACUUUUGCUAGAGAACUAGAAGACAUAGAAGCUCAGAGAAAAAUGGUGGAGGAUGAGAAGAGUAGAUUGGAGAACAUGAAUUAUGAGCAACAAACAGAAUGUGAUGAAAUUGAAAGGUUAAAACAAGACAUACAAAAAGAAAUACAGAUUAUGGAGAAACUGGACAAACAGCUUAAACAAGAGAGGGAGGAACUUGAACAUUCUACCAAGGAGGUAAAUAGAAGGACAGAAGUCUUGGAGAAAAUGCACGUUGAAAUAGAUAAGCAGAGGCAAGAGAUACAACAUGAUAAAUACAUGCUAGAAAAGGAAAAGCGUGACAUAAAAAAUAUGCAGGCAGAAAUCGGAAGGGAAAAGAAUGAUCUAGAAAACCUGAGAGAGAAGAAUGAACUUAUAUUAAAGAAGAUAAAAACAGAAAGGGAUACUCUUGAGCAGAUGAAUGAAGACAUUUCAAAACAAAAGGAUGUUAUUGAGAACGAGAAAGAAAAAAUCAAAGAAAGAGAAAAUGAACUGCACCAAAUGCAGGUGGAACUAAAUAAAAAACAAAACGACACUGAAGAAUUGCAGAGUAUGAUCUUCAUAAAACAAAAUCAGCUUGACAAAAGCCAGACCGAAAUAGUCGAAAAGCAGAAAGAGGUGGAUAAUAUGAUGCAGUUCACACAAAAAGAAAAGGACAAUCUCGAUAGAGAAAGGGCUGCAAUAAUGGAACAAAAAGAGCAAAUGGAGAGCAAUAUGAGAGAUGCAUUAAAAAAGAAACUUGAAACCGUAGAUCAGGUGAGAACAGAGUUGCUAAAUGAGAAGCAACUUCUUGAGGACUGCAGAAUAACCUUAAGGAAUAAUAUAGAGGAUCUGGAACAAACGAAAAUCCAUUUAGAGAGAGAGACAGAGGAGAUAAAACUGCAGAGAAAAAGUAUCAAGGGUGAAAAAGACAAGCUGGAGAAGAUUAAAGCUGUCCUGCAAAGAGUAGCUGAAGAUACUGAGAAGUUAAGACAAGAUACACUGGCUGAAAGACAGAAACUUGAAGAGACUGCAUUGCAACUUCAAAAAGAGAGGGUUGUCUGUGUGGGUUUUGCAGAGGAGACAAAGAAAAAGAGAGAUGACCUAGACAAGAUGCAAGCUGAUAUAGAGAAGCAAAAAAAGACAUUUGACACACUGAAGGAAAUUAAGGCUGACUUACAAAAAGAAGCAAGUGACAUUGGAAAUCUAAGGAAAGCUGUUCAAACUGACAUAAAGAAAAUGAAAGACAUGGCGGCCCACCUUGAAAGAGAAAGACAUAAUACUGAUAGUCUUGUUGAAGAGAUCAAAAUGAGGUCAAAAGCAAUGGAUGAGAUACAAGUGGAGGUUGAAAAAGAUAGGCAAGUGAUCGAGUUUGAAAGAGACCUGCUAGAACAGGAAAAAUCUGAACUCAAGAAAACUAAGGCAGAGAUAUCCAGACUAAGAGAUCUUGAAGACCAACUUGCUAAGCAAAAAGAAUGGAACAAUUCUACAUUGGCAGAGAUACAGAAAGAAAGAGACAGUCCUGAGCAGAUGAAUGAAAUCAUCUCAAAACAAAGAGAUAGUCUUGAAAGUGAGAAAGAAAAGUUAAGACUCAGAGAAAAUGAACUAAAACAUAGAGAAUCAGAGGUUGAAAACCAACAAAAAGAAAUUGACAACUUGAAGAAAAGCUUGAGGCUCGAAAUGAGUCAAGUUGAGCAGACACGUGCUGAAAGAGAUCAACAGCGGAAAGCUGCAUAUGAAACAAUGGAAUAUGUAAAGACUGAAAAGGACAGAAAAGACAGAAAAGGUGCAGAUGUGGAAGUAGAGAGAGAGGAAAUGGAGAUGACUUUGAGAGAUGAACUGAGGAGGGACUAUGAAGAUUUGGAUCUUCAAAAGAAAAAAAUAACACAACAACAAGAAUUAUUCGAAAGCCGCGUAAAAUCACUGGAAAUGGAUCAGGAAGUCAUGCAGCAGAAGAAAGCAGAACUACUGAAAGAAUUUGAAAACUUCCUAUUUCAGAGGCAGUCUUUUGAGAGAGAGAUGCAACAGGAGAGAGCUGAAAUACAGAGAGAGUCAAAAUAUAUUGAAAGACUAAAAAAAGAGGUGAUGAACGAAAAUGAGAGUAUGAAAGAAAUGGUGGAGAAAAUUCACAAAGAGGUAGAUGACAGGAAAAAUUCUCUGGAAGUGAUGUGCUUUGAGCUAGAAAAGCAAAAACAAGAAAUUGAGGCUGAAAAACAUAUUCAAGAAAAGCAGAAGUCUGAACUGGAGAAAAGUAAAACAGAGAUAGCAAGAGCAAAAGAAGAUCUAGAAAAGGAACUGGCUGAAAUACGAAAACAGAAUGAUAUUGCUCAGUCGGAAAUAGAGAAGGAGAGAAAUGCUCUUGAGCAAAUGAAGAUGAACAUCUCUCAGAAAGAGGAUGAUAUUAAAAAAGAGAGGGACAAAUUAAGACUCAAAGAAAAUGAGCUGAAUACACGUGCCUCACAAAUGUAUGCACAACAAAAAGAAAUAGAAGAUAUUCAGGAUAUUAUCAUGAGAGAGAGGAGUCAGCUUCAUGACAGACAGGCUAAGAUGGCUCAGCAAAAGAAAGAAUUGGAUGAUGUAAUAGAAGUGUCAAAGAAAGAGAGGAACAGGCUUGAGAAAGAAUGGUCUGAUGUAAUCCAGGAAAGACAAAUAGUGAAUGACAUACAAUUGGAGCUAAAAAGGGAAAGUGAAAAAGUGGAGUUGAUGAAACAAGGAUUUUCAAGAGAAAAGGAAUCUAUUAAAAACAGCAUGAAAAUUUUAGCUGAUGAGUUUGAGAUGUUAAACUACCAGAAACAAACUGUUGACAAAGAGAAGCAGGAACUGCAGGAGAUGAAAGCUGAACUCUUAAGAGAAGCUGAAAACAUUGAGAAACAAAGGCAAGAAUUGGAAAAUGACAAGCAGAAUGUUGAGGAAAUGGCAACUAAAGUUAAAAAAGAAAUGGAAAAUAUAGAUAAUUUUGAUGCAAGAAUCAGAGAAGACAAAGCGGAUCUAAGAAAACAAAAACAAAUGUUUGAAUCUGAUAAAGACAAUCUAGAAAAGGAAAUGUUUGACCUGGAGAAAACCAAAGAAGAUCUUGAAAAUCAAUUUGCUGAAGAACGAGAAAAGAUUGAGAGCACACUAGCAGAGAUACAGAAAGAGAGGGACAUUCUUGAGCAGUUGAAAGUAAACAUCUCAAGACAAAGAGAUGACUUAGAAAGGGACAAUGAACAAAAAAGAUACAAACAAGAAGCACUAGAAAGUCAGCAAAAGGAAAUCCAGAAACAACAAGCAGAGAUAGAUGAAAAGAAGAAGAUGGAGAAGAGUGAGCUUGAAAACAUACAGGCUCAAAUAGAUCAAAGGAAAAAAGAGGCAAAUGAUGCUGAAGAAAAGUUGAAAAAGCAGAGGGAUGAUAUUGAGAAAGAAAGGGCAGAAGUAAUUAAUCAAAGACAGAAAAUGGAGAUCAGUUUGAGGGAUGAACUGAAAAAGGAUAGUGAAAAUUUAGAGCUACUAAGAAAGGAGCUGUACGAUGAGAAGAAAGUAAUUGAUAACAGCAGGAAGAAGAUGAAAACUGAUAUGGAUGAGUUGGAAAAAAUUAAGCUUGAAGUAGUUAAAGAAAUGCAGGACAUUAACCUUCAAAAACAAAAGACUGAGGAUGAGAAGGACAUGUUACAACAGAUGAAGAUCCAGCUACAAAGAGAAGCUGAUAAUAUCAGAAAGCAAAAAGAAGAGAUGCAGAAUGAAAGACAGUAUUUGGAAAAUAUGGCAACACAAAUUCAGAAAGAGAGAGAUGAAAUUGCCAGUCUUGCUGAAGAGAUAAAGAACAAAAAUGAAAUUCUGGAUGAAAUGAAAGUUGCAAACGAAUCUGCAUCAGCAAAUCUACAAAGAGAGAAAGAGAAUCUUGAGCAAAUGAGGGUGCAUAUUUCUAAACAGACAGAGGAUAUUGAAAAUGAAAAAGAAAAAAUAAGAGCCAGAAAAGAUGAACUAAAACGACUGCAAGCAGACAUUAAUAAACAACAAAGUGAAAUGGAAAACCUCAAACGAAUCAUCACUACAGAGAAGAACCAGCUUGAACUGCGAAAGGCUGAAAUAGAAAAGGAAAUAGAAAAACAACAAAAAGAAGUUAAUGACGUUGUGGAAUUCACAAAGAAUGAAAAGAGCCUUCUUGAAAAUGAAAGAGCUGCAAUGAUCUGUGAAAAAGAGGACAUGAUGGAUGAACUGAAAAAGAAGUCUGAAUAUGUGGAUCUCCUCUUGAAAGAGGUAUUGACUGAAAAGGAAUUACUGAAGAGAAAUGGGGAAGAUGUAGAAAGAAAAAGAGCCAAUGUAGACAAAGAUUCAGAGAGUCUUAAACUUGAGAGAGAAGCUUUUGAGAAUGAGAAGGAAACAAUGGAAAAAAUGAAAACUAACCUCCAAAAAGAAGCACAUGAGAUUAAAAAGCUAAAACUAGAGGCACAACGUGAUAGACAGAGGGUGGAGGAAAUGGCAGCUCAACUCCAAAUGGAGAGAGAUGAUGUCAUUAAUCUCAUUGAGGAGACAAAAAGAAAACACAUGAUGUUGGAUGAAAUGAAUGCUGAUAUUGAAGAGAAAAGGAAAGUCUUUCAAUUUGAUAAAGACAUGCUUGAGAAGCAAAAACUUGACCUGGAGAAAAACAAAUGUGAAUUUGAAGGUGCUAAGAAAGAUCUUGAACAGAAACUUGUAGAGCAAAGAGAAGAGAAUGAGAUCAAACUGGCAGAGAUACAGAAAGAAAGAGAAUCUCUAGAGUCGAUGAGUGCGAACAUCACAAGACAAACAAAUGACACUGAAAGGGAAAAGGAACAAAUAAGACACAAACAAAAAGAACUUGAGCAACUGCAAGCUGAAAUUCAGAAUGAACAAAAGGAAGUGGACAAUGCCAGAGCCAUUAUAAUAAUGGACGGCAACCAGCUUGAUCUGAGACAGGCUGAGCUAGACAAACAACAGACAAAAGUCAAUGAUAUAAUGGAACUAAUGAGAAAUGAAAGAGGUCAACUAGAUAAGGAUAAAGAAGAGAUGGAAGAACAGAAGCAGCAAAUGGAAAACCAUUUGAGAGAUGCCCUCAAGACAGAGACUGAGAACUUGGAGCUUCUUAGGCAAGACUUACUUAAAGAAAGGGAAAUGAUUGAUAAUAACAGAAAAAUGUUGCAGAAAGAAGGCGACGAUGUAGAUCAAAGAAGAAAGAAUCUAGUUCAGGACGUGGAGAUGAUAACACUUCAGAAACAAGAGUCUGAAGAUGAGAAGACUAAGUUAGAACAGAUGAAGAGCCAGCUACAAAGAGAAAAUGAUUACAUCAGAAAGCUAAAAGAAGAAACACAGAAUGAUAGACAGAAUUUGGAAAAUAUGGCAACACAACUUCAGAAAGACAGAGAUGAAAUUGCCAGUCUUGCUGAAGAGAUAAAGAACAAAAAUGAAAUUCUGGAUGAAAUGAAAGUUGCAAACGAAUCUGCAUCAGCAAAUCUACAAAGAGAGAAGGAGAAUCUUGAGCAAAUGAGGGUGCAUAUUUCUAAACAGACAGAGGAUAUUGAAAAUGAAAAAGAAAAAAUAAGAGCCAGAAAAGAUGAACUAAAACGACUGCAAGCAGACAUUAAUAAACAACAAAGUGAAAUGGAAAACCUCAAACGAAUCAUCACUACAGAGAAGAACCAGCUUGAACUGCGAAAGGCUGAAAUAGAAAAGGAAAUAGAAAAACAACAAAAAGAAGUUAAUGACGUUGUGGAAUUCACAAAGAAUGAAAAGAGCCUUCUUGAAAAUGAAAGAGCUGCAAUGAUCUGUGAAAAAGAGGACAUGAUGGAUGAACUGAAAAAGAAGUCUGAAUAUGUGGAUCUCCUCUUGAAAGAGGUAUUGACUGAAAAGGAAUUACUGAAGAGAAAUGGGGAAGAUGUAGAAAGAAAAAGAGCCAAUGUAGACAAAGAUUCAGAGAGUCUUAAACUUGAGAGAGAAGCUUUUGAGAAUGAGAAGGAAACAAUGGAAAAAAUGAAAACUAACCUCCAAAAAGAAGCACAUGAGAUUAAAAAGCUAAAACUAGAGGCACAACGUGAUAGACAGAGGGUGGAGGAAAUGGCAGCUCAACUCCAAAUGGAGAGAGAUGAUGUCAUUAAUCUCAUUGAGGAGACAAAAAGAAAACACAUGAUGUUGGAUGAAAUGAAUGCUGAUAUUGAAGAGAAAAGGAAAGUCUUUCAAUUUGAUAAAGACAUGCUUGAGAAGCAAAAACUUGACCUGGAGAAAAACAAAUGUGAAUUUGAAGGUGCUAAGAAAGAUCUUGAACAGAAACUUGUAGAGCAAAGAGAAGAGAAUGAGAUCAAACUGGCAGAGAUACAGAAAGAAAGAGAAUCUCUAGAGUCGAUGAGUGCGAACAUCACAAGACAAACAAAUGACACUGAAAGGGAAAAGGAACAAAUAAGACACAAACAAAAAGAACUUGAGCAACUGCAAGCUGAAAUUCAGAAUGAACAAAAGGAAGUGGACAAUGCCAGAGCCAUUAUAAUAAUGGACGGCAACCAGCUUGAUCUGAGACAGGCUGAGCUAGACAAACAACAGACAAAAGUCAAUGAUAUAAUGGAACUAAUGAGAAAUGAAAGAGGUCAACUAGAUAAGGAUAAAGAAGAGAUGGAAGAACAGAAGCAGCAAAUGGAAAACCAUUUGAGAGAUGCCCUCAAGACAGAGACUGAGAACUUGGAGCUUCUUAGGCAAGACUUACUUAAAGAAAGGGAAAUGAUUGAUAAUAACAGAAAAAUGUUGCAGAAAGAAGGCGACGAUGUAGAUCAAAGAAGAAAGAAUCUAGUUCAGGACGUGGAGAUGAUAACACUUCAGAAACAAGAGUCUGAAGAUGAGAAGACUAAGUUAGAACAGAUGAAGAGCCAGCUACAAAGAGAAAAUGAUUACAUCAGAAAACUAAAAGAAGAAACACAGAAUGAUAGACAGAAUUUGGAAAAUAUGGCAACACAACUUCAGAAAGACAGAGAUGAAAUUGCCAGUCUUGCUGAAGAGAUAAAGAACAAAAAUGAAAUUCUGGAUGAAAUGAAAGUUGCAAACGAAUCUGCAUCAGCAAAUCUACAAAGAGAGAAGGAGAAUCUUGAGCAAAUGAGGGUGCAUAUUUCUAAACAGACAGAGGAUAUUGAAAAUGAAAAAGAAAAAAUAAGAGCCAGAAAAGAUGAACUAAAACGACUGCAAGCAGACAUUAAUAAACAACAAAGUGAAAUGGAAAACCUCAAACGAAUCAUCACUACAGAGAAGAACCAGCUUGAACUGCGAAAGGCUGAAAUAGAAAAGGAAAUAGAAAAACAACAAAAAGAAGUUAAUGACGUUGUGGAAUUCACAAAGAAUGAAAAGAGCCUUCUUGAAAAUGAAAGAGCUGCAAUGAUCUGUGAAAAAGAGGACAUGAUGGAUGAACUGAAAAAGAAGUCUGAAUAUGUGGAUCUCCUCUUGAAAGAGGUAUUGACUGAAAAGGAAUUACUGAAGAGAAAUGGGGAAGAUGUAGAAAGAAAAAGAGCCAAUGUAGACAAAGAUUCAGAGAGUCUUAAACUUGAGAGAGAAGCUUUUGAGAAUGAGAAGGAAACAAUGGAAAAAAUGAAAACUAACCUCCAAAAAGAAGCACAUGAGAUUAAAAAGCUAAAACUAGAGGCACAACGUGAUAGACAGAGGGUGGAGGAAAUGGCAGCUCAACUCCAAAUGGAGAGAGAUGAUGUCAUUAAUCUCAUUGAGGAGACAAAAAGAAAACACAUGAUGUUGGAUGAAAUGAAUGCUGAUAUUGAAGAGAAAAGGAAAGUCUUUCAAUUUGAUAAAGACAUGCUUGAGAAGCAAAAACUUGACCUGGAGAAAAACAAAUGUGAAUUUGAAGGUGCUAAGAAAGAUCUUGAACAGAAACUUGUAGAGCAAAGAGAAGAGAAUGAGAUCAAACUGGCAGAGAUACAGAAAGAAAGAGAAUCUCUAGAGUCGAUGAGUGCGAACAUCACAAGACAAACAAAUGACACUGAAAGGGAAAAGGAACAAAUAAGACACAAACAAAAAGAACUUGAGCAACUGCAAGCUGAAAUUCAGAAUGAACAAAAGGAAGUGGACAAUGCCAGAGCCAUUAUAAUAAUGGACGGCAACCAGCUUGAUCUGAGACAGGCUGAGCUAGACAAACAACAGACAAAAGUCAAUGAUAUAAUGGAACUAAUGAGAAAUGAAAGAGGUCAACUAGAUAAGGAUAAAGAAGAGAUGGAAGAACAGAAGCAGCAAAUGGAAAACCAUUUGAGAGAUGCCCUCAAGACAGAGACUGAGAACUUGGAGCUUCUUAGGCAAGACUUACUUAAAGAAAGGGAAAUGAUUGAUAAUAACAGAAAAAUGUUGCAGAAAGAAGGCGACGAUGUAGAUCAAAGAAGAAAGAAUCUAGUUCAGGACGUGGAGAUGAUAACACUUCAGAAACAAGAGUCUGAAGAUGAGAAGACUAAGUUAGAACAGAUGAAGAGCCAGCUACAAAGAGAAAAUGAUUACAUCAGAAAGCUAAAAGAAGAAACACAGAAUGAUAGACAGAAUUUGGAAAAUAUGGCAACACAACUUCAGAAAGACAGAGAUGAAAUUGCCAGUCUUGCUGAAGAGAUAAAGAACAAAAAUGAAAUUCUGGAUGAAAUGAAAGUUGCAAACGAAUCUGCAUCAGCAAAUCUACAAAGAGAGAAGGAGAAUCUUGAGCAAAUGAGGGUGCAUAUUUCUAAACAGACAGAGGAUAUUGAAAAUGAAAAAGAAAAAAUAAGAGCCAGAAAAGAUGAACUAAAACGACUGCAAGCAGACAUUAAUAAACAACAAAGUGAAAUGGAAAACCUCAAACGAAUCAUCACUACAGAGAAGAACCAGCUUGAACUGCGAAAGGCUGAAAUAGAAAAGGAAAUAGAAAAACAACAAAAAGAAGUUAAUGACGUUGUGGAAUUCACAAAGAAUGAAAAGAGCCUUCUUGAAAAUGAAAGAGCUGCAAUGAUCUGUGAAAAAGAGGACAUGAUGGAUGAACUGAAAAAGAAGUCUGAAUAUGUGGAUCUCCUCUUGAAAGAGGUAUUGACUGAAAAGGAAUUACUGAAGAGAAAUGGGGAAGAUGUAGAAAGAAAAAGAGCCAAUGUAGACAAAGAUUCAGAGAGUCUUAAACUUGAGAGAGAAGCUUUUGAGAAUGAGAAGGAAACAAUGGAAAAAAUGAAAACUAACCUCCAAAAAGAAGCACAUGAGAUUAAAAAGCUAAAACUAGAGGCACAACGUGAUAGACAGAGGGUGGAGGAAAUGGCAGCUCAACUCCAAAUGGAGAGAGAUGAUGUCAUUAAUCUCAUUGAGGAGACAAAAAGAAAACACAUGAUGUUGGAUGAAAUGAAUGCUGAUAUUGAAGAGAAAAGGAAAGUCUUUCAAUUUGAUAAAGACAUGCUUGAGAAGCAAAAACUUGACCUGGAGAAAAACAAAUGUGAAUUUGAAGGUGCUAAGAAAGAUCUUGAACAGAAACUUGUAGAGCAAAGAGAAGAGAAUGAGAUCAAACUGGCAGAGAUACAGAAAGAAAGAGAAUCUCUAGAGUCGAUGAGUGCGAACAUCACAAGACAAACAAAUGACACUGAAAGGGAAAAGGAACAAAUAAGACACAAACAAAAAGAACUUGAGCAACUGCAAGCUGAAAUUCAGAAUGAACAAAAGGAAGUGGACAAUGCCAGAGCCAUUAUAAUAAUGGACGGCAACCAGCUUGAUCUGAGACAGGCUGAGCUAGACAAACAACAGACAAAAGUCAAUGAUAUAAUGGAACUAAUGAGAAAUGAAAGAGGUCAACUAGAUAAGGAUAAAGAAGAGAUGGAAGAACAGAAGCAGCAAAUGGAAAACCAUUUGAGAGAUGCCCUCAAGACAGAGACUGAGAACUUGGAGCUUCUUAGGCAAGACUUACUUAAAGAAAGGGAAAUGAUUGAUAAUAACAGAAAAAUGUUGCAGAAAGAAGGCGACGAUGUAGAUCAAAGAAGAAAGAAUCUAGUUCAGGACGUGGAGAUGAUAACACUUCAGAAACAAGAGUCUGAAGAUGAGAAGACUAAGUUAGAACAGAUGAAGAGCCAGCUACAAAGAGAAAAUGAUUACAUCAGAAAGCUAAAAGAAGAAACACAGAAUGAUAGACAGAAUUUGGAAAAUAUGGCAACACAACUUCAGAAAGACAGAGAUGAAAUUGCCAGUCUUGCUGAAGAGAUAAAGAACAAAAAUGAAAUUCUGGAUGAAAUGAAAGUUGCAAACGAAUCUGCAUCAGCAAAUCUACAAAGAGAGAAGGAGAAUCUUGAGCAAAUGAGGGUGCAUAUUUCUAAACAGACAGAGGAUAUUGAAAAUGAAAAAGAAAAAAUAAGAGCCAGAAAAGAUGAACUAAAACGACUGCAAGCAGACAUUAAUAAACAACAAAGUGAAAUGGAAAACCUCAAACGAAUCAUCACUACAGAGAAGAACCAGCUUGAACUGCGAAAGGCUGAAAUAGAAAAGGAAAUAGAAAAACAACAAAAAGAAGUUAAUGACGUUGUGGAAUUCACAAAGAAUGAAAAGAGCCUUCUUGAAAAUGAAAGAGCUGCAAUGAUCUGUGAAAAAGAGGACAUGAUGGAUGAACUGAAAAAGAAGUCUGAAUAUGUGGAUCUCCUCUUGAAAGAGGUAUUGACUGAAAAGGAAUUACUGAAGAGAAAUGGGGAAGAUGUAGAAAGAAAAAGAGCCAAUGUAGACAAAGAUUCAGAGAGUCUUAAACUUGAGAGAGAAGCUUUUGAGAAUGAGAAGGAAACAAUGGAAAAAAUGAAAACUAACCUCCAAAAAGAAGCACAUGAGAUUAAAAAGCUAAAACUAGAGGCACAACGUGAUAGACAGAGGGUGGAGGAAAUGGCAGCUCAACUCCAAAUGGAGAGAGAUGAUGUCAUUAAUCUCAUUGAGGAGACAAAAAGAAAACACAUGAUGUUGGAUGAAAUGAAUGCUGAUAUUGAAGAGAAAAGGAAAGUCUUUCAAUUUGAUAAAGACAUGCUUGAGAAGCAAAAACUUGACCUGGAGAAAAACAAAUGUGAAUUUGAAGGUGCUAAGAAAGAUCUUGAACAGAAACUUGUAGAGCAAAGAGAAGAGAAUGAGAUCAAACUGGCAGAGAUACAGAAAGAAAGAGAAUCGCUAGAGUCGAUGAGUGCGAACAUCACAAGACAAACAAAUGACACUGAAAGGGAAAAGGAACAAAUAAGACACAAACAAAAAGAACUUGAGCAACUGCAAGCUGAAAUUCAGAAUGAACAAAAGGAAGUGGACAAUGCCAGAGCCAUUAUAAUAAUGGACAGCAACCAGCUUGAUCUGAGACAGGCUGAGCUAGACAAACAACAGACAAAAGUCAAUGAUAUAAUGGAACUAAUGAGAAAUGAAAGAGGUCAACUAGAUAAGGAUAAAGAAGAGAUGGAAGAACAGAAGCAGCAAAUGGAAAACCAUUUGAGAGAUGCCCUCAAGACAGAGACUGAGAACUUGGAGCUUCUUAGGCAAGACUUACUUAAAGAAAGGGAAAUGAUUGAUAAUAACAGAAAAAUGUUGCAGAAAGAAGGCGACGAUGUAGAUCAAAGAAGAAAGAAUCUAGUUCAGGACGUGGAGAUGAUAACACUUCAGAAACAAGAGUCUGAAGAUGAGAAGACUAAGUUAGAACAGAUGAAGAGCCAGCUACAAAGAGAAAAUGAUUACAUCAGAAAGCUAAAAGAAGAAACACAGAAUGAUAGACAGAAUUUGGAAAAUAUGGCAACACAACUUCAGAAAGACAGAGAUGAAAUUGCCAGUCUUGCUGAAGAGAUAAAGAACAAAAAUGAAAUUCUGGAUGAAAUGAAAGUUGCAAACGAAUCUGCAUCAGCAAAUCUACAAAGAGAGAAGGAGAAUCUUGAGCAAAUGAGGGUGCAUAUUUCUAAACAGACAGAGGAUAUUGAAAAUGAAAAAGAAAAAAUAAGAGCCAGAAAAGAUGAACUAAAACGACUGCAAGCAGACAUUAAUAAACAACAAAGUGAAAUGGAAAACCUCAAACGAAUCAUCACUACAGAGAAGAACCAGCUUGAACUGCGAAAGGCUGAAAUAGAAAAGGAAAUAGAAAAACAACAAAAAGAAGUUAAUGACGUUGUGGAAUUCACAAAGAAUGAAAAGAGCCUUCUUGAAAAUGAAAGAGCUGCAAUGAUCUGUGAAAAAGAGGACAUGAUGGAUGAACUGAAAAAGAAGUCUGAAUAUGUGGAUCUCCUCUUGAAAGAGGUAUUGACUGAAAAGGAAUUACUGAAGAGAAAUGGGGAAGAUGUAGAAAGAAAAAGAGCCAAUGUAGACAAAGAUUCAGAGAGUCUUAAACUUGAGAGAGAAGCUUUUGAGAAUGAGAAGGAAACAAUGGAAAAAAUGAAAACUAACCUCCAAAAAGAAGCACAUGAGAUUAAAAAGCUAAAACUAGAGGCACAACGUGAUAGACAGAGGGUGGAGGAAAUGGCAGCUCAACUCCAAAUGGAGAGAGAUGAUGUCAUUAAUCUCAUUGAGGAGACAAAAAGAAAACACAUGAUGUUGGAUGAAAUGAAUGCUGAUAUUGAAGAGAAAAGGAAAGUCUUUCAAUUUGAUAAAGACAUGCUUGAGAAGCAAAAACUUGACCUGGAGAAAAACAAAUGUGAAUUUGAAGGUGCUAAGAAAGAUCUUGAACAGAAACUUGUAGAGCAAAGAGAAGAGAAUGAGAUCAAACUGGCAGAGAUACAGAAAGAAAGAGAAUCGCUAGAGUCGAUGAGUGCGAACAUCACAAGACAAACAAAUGACACUGAAAGGGAAAAGGAACAAAUAAGACACAAACAAAAAGAACUUGAGCAACUGCAAGCUGAAAUUCAGAAUGAACAAAAGGAAGUGGACAAUGCCAGAGCCAUUAUAAUAAUGGACAGCAACCAGCUUGAUCUGAGACAGGCUGAGCUAGACAAACAACAGACAAAAGUCAAUGAUAUAAUGGAACUAAUGAGAAAUGAAAGAGGUCAACUAGAUAAGGAUAAAGAAGAGAUGGAAGAACAGAAGCAGCAAAUGGAAAACCAUUUGAGAGAUGCCCUCAAGACAGAGACUGAGAACUUGGAGCUUCUUAGGCAAGACUUACUUAAAGAAAGGGAAAUGAUUGAUAAUAACAGAAAAAUGUUGCAGAAAGAAGGCGACGAUGUAGAUCAAAGAAGAAAGAAUCUAGUUCAGGACGUGGAGAUGAUAACACUUCAGAAACAAGAGUCUGAAGAUGAGAAGACUAAGUUAGAACAGAUGAAGAGCCAGCUACAAAGAGAAAAUGAUUACAUCAGAAAGCUAAAAGAAGAAACACAGAAUGAUAGACAGAAUUUGGAAAAUAUGGCAACACAACUUCAGAAAGACAGAGAUGAAAUUGCCAGUCUUGCUGAAGAGAUAAAGAACAAAAAUGAAAUUCUGGAUGAAAUGAAAGUUGCAAACGAAUCUGCAUCAGCAAAUCUACAAAGAGAGAAGGAGAAUCUUGAGCAAAUGAGGGUGCAUAUUUCUAAACAGACAGAGGAUAUUGAAAAUGAAAAAGAAAAAAUAAGAGCCAGAAAAGAUGAACUAAAACGACUGCAAGCAGACAUUAAUAAACAACAAAGUGAAAUGGAAAACCUCAAACGAAUCAUCACUACAGAGAAGAACCAGCUUGAACUGCGAAAGGCUGAAAUAGAAAAGGAAAUAGAAAAACAACAAAAAGAAGUUAAUGACGUUGUGGAAUUCACAAAGAAUGAAAAGAGCCUUCUUGAAAAUGAAAGAGCUGCAAUGAUCUGUGAAAAAGAGGACAUGAUGGAUGAACUGAAAAAGAAGUCUGAAUAUGUGGAUCUCCUCUUGAAAGAGGUAUUGACUGAAAAGGAAUUACUGAAGAGAAAUGGGGAAGAUGUAGAAAGAAAAAGAGCCAAUGUAGACAAAGAUUCAGAGAGUCUUAAACUUGAGAGAGAAGCUUUUGAGAAUGAGAAGGAAACAAUGGAAAAAAUGAAAACUAACCUCCAAAAAGAAGCACAUGAGAUUAAAAAGCUAAAACUAGAGGCACAACGUGAUAGACAGAGGGUGGAGGAAAUGGCAGCUCAACUCCAAAUGGAGAGAGAUGAUGUCAUUAAUCUCAUUGAGGAGACAAAAAGAAAACACAUGAUGUUGGAUGAAAUGAAUGCUGAUAUUGAAGAGAAAAGGAAAGUCUUUCAAUUUGAUAAAGACAUGCUUGAGAAGCAAAAACUUGACCUGGAGAAAAACAAAUGUGAAUUUGAAGGUGCUAAGAAAGAUCUUGAACAGAAACUUGUAGAGCAAAGAGAAGAGAAUGAGAUCAAACUGGCAGAGAUACAGAAAGAAAGAGAAUCGCUAGAGUCGAUGAGUGCGAACAUCACAAGACAAACAAAUGACACUGAAAGGGAAAAGGAACAAAUAAGACACAAACAAAAAGAACUUGAGCAACUGCAAGCUGAAAUUCAGAAUGAACAAAAGGAAGUGGACAAUGCCAGAGCCAUUAUAAUAAUGGACAGCAACCAGCUUGAUCUGAGACAGGCUGAGCUAGACAAACAACAGACAAAAGUCAAUGAUAUAAUGGAACUAAUGAGAAAUGAAAGAGGUCAACUAGAUAAGGAUAAAGAAGAGAUGGAAGAACAGAAGCAGCAAAUGGAAAACCAUUUGAGAGAUGCCCUCAAGACAGAGACUGAGAACUUGGAGCUUCUUAGGCAAGACUUACUUAAAGAAAGGGAAAUGAUUGAUAAUAACAGAAAAAUGUUGCAGAAAGAAGGCGACGAUGUAGAUCAAAGAAGAAAGAAUCUAGUUCAGGACGUGGAGAUGAUAACACUUCAGAAACAAGAGUCUGAAGAUGAGAAGACUAAGUUAGAACAGAUGAAGAGCCAGCUACAAAGAGAAAAUGAUUACAUCAGAAAGCUAAAAGAAGAAACACAGAAUGAUAGACAGAAUUUGGAAAAUAUGGCAACACAACUUCAGAAAGACAGAGAUGAAAUUGCCAGUCUUGCUGAAGAGAUAAAGAACAAAAAUGAAAUUCUGGAUGAAAUGAAAGUUGCAAACGAAUCUGCAUCAGCAAAUCUACAAAGAGAGAAGGAGAAUCUUGAGCAAAUGAGGGUGCAUAUUUCUAAACAGACAGAGGAUAUUGAAAAUGAAAAAGAAAAAAUAAGAGCCAGAAAAGAUGAACUAAAACGACUGCAAGCAGACAUUAAUAAACAACAAAGUGAAAUGGAAAACCUCAAACGAAUCAUCACUACAGAGAAGAACCAGCUUGAACUGCGAAAGGCUGAAAUAGAAAAGGAAAUAGAAAAACAACAAAAAGAAGUUAAUGACGUUGUGGAAUUCACAAAGAAUGAAAAGAGCCUUCUUGAAAAUGAAAGAGCUGCAAUGAUCUGUGAAAAAGAGGACAUGAUGGAUGAACUGAAAAAGAAGUCUGAAUAUGUGGAUCUCCUCUUGAAAGAGGUAUUGACUGAAAAGGAAUUACUGAAGAGAAAUGGGGAAGAUGUAGAAAGAAAAAGAGCCAAUGUAGACAAAGAUUCAGAGAGUCUUAAACUUGAGAGAGAAGCUUUUGAGAAUGAGAAGGAAACAAUGGAAAAAAUGAAAACUAACCUCCAAAAAGAAGCACAUGAGAUUAAAAAGCUAAAACUAGAGGCACAACGUGAUAGACAGAGGGUGGAGGAAAUGGCAGCUCAACUCCAAAUGGAGAGAGAUGAUGUCAUUAAUCUCAUUGAGGAGACAAAAAGAAAACACAUGAUGUUGGAUGAAAUGAAUGCUGAUAUUGAAGAGAAAAGGAAAGUCUUUCAAUUUGAUAAAGACAUGCUUGAGAAGCAAAAACUUGACCUGGAGAAAAACAAAUGUGAAUUUGAAGGUGCUAAGAAAGAUCUUGAACAGAAACUUGUAGAGCAAAGAGAAGAGAAUGAGAUCAAACUGGCAGAGAUACAGAAAGAAAGAGAAUCGCUAGAGUCGAUGAGUGCGAACAUCACAAGACAAACAAAUGACACUGAAAGGGAAAAGGAACAAAUAAGACACAAACAAAAAGAACUUGAGCAACUGCAAGCUGAAAUUCAGAAUGAACAAAAGGAAGUGGACAAUGCCAGAGCCAUUAUAAUAAUGGACAGCAACCAGCUUGAUCUGAGACAGGCUGAGCUAGACAAACAACAGACAAAAGUCAAUGAUAUAAUGGAACUAAUGAGAAAUGAAAGAGGUCAACUAGAUAAGGAUAAAGAAGAGAUGGAAGAACAGAAGCAGCAAAUGGAAAACCAUUUGAGAGAUGCCCUCAAGACAGAGACUGAGAACUUGGAGCUUCUUAGGCAAGACUUACUUAAAGAAAGGGAAAUGAUUGAUAAUAACAGAAAAAUGUUGCAGAAAGAAGGCGACGAUGUAGAUCAAAGAAGAAAGAAUCUAGUUCAGGACGUGGAGAUGAUAACACUUCAGAAACAAGAGUCUGAAGAUGAGAAGACUAAGUUAGAACAGAUGAAGAGCCAGCUACAAAGAGAAAAUGAUUACAUCAGAAAGCUAAAAGAAGAAACACAGAAUGAUAGACAGAAUUUGGAAAAUAUGGCAACACAACUUCAGAAAGACAGAGAUGAAAUUGCCAGUCUUGCUGAAGAGAUAAAGAACAAAAAUGAAAUUCUGGAUGAAAUGAAAGUUGCAAACGAAUCUGCAUCAGCAAAUCUACAAAGAGAGAAGGAGAAUCUUGAGCAAAUGAGGGUGCAUAUUUCUAAACAGACAGAGGAUAUUGAAAAUGAAAAAGAAAAAAUAAGAGCCAGAAAAGAUGAACUAAAACGACUGCAAGCAGACAUUAAUAAACAACAAAGUGAAAUGGAAAACCUCAAACGAAUCAUCACUACAGAGAAGAACCAGCUUGAACUGCGAAAGGCUGAAAUAGAAAAGGAAAUAGAAAAACAACAAAAAGAAGUUAAUGACGUUGUGGAAUUCACAAAGAAUGAAAAGAGCCUUCUUGAAAAUGAAAGAGCUGCAAUGAUCUGUGAAAAAGAGGACAUGAUGGAUGAACUGAAAAAGAAGUCUGAAUAUGUGGAUCUCCUCUUGAAAGAGGUAUUGACUGAAAAGGAAUUACUGAAGAGAAAUGGGGAAGAUGUAGAAAGAAAAAGAGCCAAUGUAGACAAAGAUUCAGAGAGUCUUAAACUUGAGAGAGAAGCUUUUGAGAAUGAGAAGGAAACAAUGGAAAAAAUGAAAACUAACCUCCAAAAAGAAGCACAUGAGAUUAAAAAGCUAAAACUAGAGGCACAACGUGAUAGACAGAGGGUGGAGGAAAUGGCAGCUCAACUCCAAAUGGAGAGAGAUGAUGUCAUUAAUCUCAUUGAGGAGACAAAAAGAAAACACAUGAUGUUGGAUGAAAUGAAUGCUGAUAUUGAAGAGAAAAGGAAAGUCUUUCAAUUUGAUAAAGACAUGCUUGAGAAGCAAAAACUUGACCUGGAGAAAAACAAAUGUGAAUUUGAAGGUGCUAAGAAAGAUCUUGAACAGAAACUUGUAGAGCAAAGAGAAGAGAAUGAGAUCAAACUGGCAGAGAUACAGAAAGAAAGAGAAUCGCUAGAGUCGAUGAGUGCGAACAUCACAAGACAAACAAAUGACACUGAAAGGGAAAAGGAACAAAUAAGACACAAACAAAAAGAACUUGAGCAACUGCAAGCUGAAAUUCAGAAUGAACAAAAGGAAGUGGACAAUGCCAGAGCCAUUAUAAUAAUGGACAGCAACCAGCUUGAUCUGAGACAGGCUGAGCUAGACAAACAACAGACAAAAGUCAAUGAUAUAAUGGAACUAAUGAGAAAUGAAAGAGGUCAACUAGAUAAGGAUAAAGAAGAGAUGGAAGAACAGAAGCAGCAAAUGGAAAACCAUUUGAGAGAUGCCCUCAAGACAGAGACUGAGAACUUGGAGCUUCUUAGGCAAGACUUACUUAAAGAAAGGGAAAUGAUUGAUAAUAACAGAAAAAUGUUGCAGAAAGAAGGCGACGAUGUAGAUCAAAGAAGAAAGAAUCUAGUUCAGGACGUGGAGAUGAUAACACUUCAGAAACAAGAGUCUGAAGAUGAGAAGACUAAGUUAGAACAGAUGAAGAGCCAGCUACAAAGAGAAAAUGAUUACAUCAGAAAGCUAAAAGAAGAAACACAGAAUGAUAGACAGAAUUUGGAAAAUAUGGCAACACAACUUCAGAAAGACAGAGAUGAAAUUGCCAGUCUUGCUGAAGAGAUAAAGAACAAAAAUGAAAUUCUGGAUGAAAUGAAAGUUGCAAACGAAUCUGCAUCAGCAAAUCUACAAAGAGAGAAGGAGAAUCUUGAGCAAAUGAGGGUGCAUAUUUCUAAACAGACAGAGGAUAUUGAAAAUGAAAAAGAAAAAAUAAGAGCCAGAAAAGAUGAACUAAAACGACUGCAAGCAGACAUUAAUAAACAACAAAGUGAAAUGGAAAACCUCAAACGAAUCAUCACUACAGAGAAGAACCAGCUUGAACUGCGAAAGGCUGAAAUAGAAAAGGAAAUAGAAAAACAACAAAAAGAAGUUAAUGACGUUGUGGAAUUCACAAAGAAUGAAAAGAGCCUUCUUGAAAAUGAAAGAGCUGCAAUGAUCUGUGAAAAAGAGGACAUGAUGGAUGAACUGAAAAAGAAGUCUGAAUAUGUGGAUCUCCUCUUGAAAGAGGUAUUGACUGAAAAGGAAUUACUGAAGAGAAAUGGGGAAGAUGUAGAAAGAAAAAGAGCCAAUGUAGACAAAGAUUCAGAGAGUCUUAAACUUGAGAGAGAAGCUUUUGAGAAUGAGAAGGAAACAAUGGAAAAAAUGAAAACUAACCUCCAAAAAGAAGCACAUGAGAUUAAAAAGCUAAAACUAGAGGCACAACGUGAUAGACAGAGGGUGGAGGAAAUGGCAGCUCAACUCCAAAUGGAGAGAGAUGAUGUCAUUAAUCUCAUUGAGGAGACAAAAAGAAAACACAUGAUGUUGGAUGAAAUGAAUGCUGAUAUUGAAGAGAAAAGGAAAGUCUUUCAAUUUGAUAAAGACAUGCUUGAGAAGCAAAAACUUGACCUGGAGAAAAACAAAUGUGAAUUUGAAGGUGCUAAGAAAGAUCUUGAACAGAAACUUGUAGAGCAAAGAGAAGAGAAUGAGAUCAAACUGGCAGAGAUACAGAAAGAAAGAGAAUCGCUAGAGUCGAUGAGUGCGAACAUCACAAGACAAACAAAUGACACUGAAAGGGAAAAGGAACAAAUAAGACACAAACAAAAAGAACUUGAGCAACUGCAAGCUGAAAUUCAGAAUGAACAAAAGGAAGUGGACAAUGCCAGAGCCAUUAUAAUAAUGGACGGCAACCAGCUUGAUCUGAGACAGGCUGAGCUAGACAAACAACAGACAAAAGUCAAUGAUAUAAUGGAACUAAUGAGAAAUGAAAGAGGUCAACUAGAUAAGGAUAAAGAAGAGAUGGAAGAACAGAAGCAGCAAAUGGAAAACCAUUUGAGAGAUGCCCUCAAGACAGAGACUGAGAACUUGGAGCUUCUUAGGCAAGACUUACUUAAAGAAAGGGAAAUGAUUGAUAAUAACAGAAAAAUGUUGCAGAAAGAAGGCGACGAUGUAGAUCAAAGAAGAAAGAAUCUAGUUCAGGACGUGGAGAUGAUAACACUUCAGAAACAAGAGUCUGAAGAUGAGAAGACUAAGUUAGAACAGAUGAAGAGCCAGCUACAAAGAGAAAAUGAUUACAUCAGAAAGCUAAAAGAAGAAACACAGAAUGAUAGACAGAAUUUGGAAAAUAUGGCAACACAACUUCAGAAAGACAGAGAUGAAAUUGCCAGUCUUGCUGAAGAGAUAAAGAACAAAAAUGAAAUUCUGGAUGAAAUGAAAGUUGCAAACGAAUCUGCAUCAGCAAAUCUACAAAGAGAGAAGGAGAAUCUUGAGCAAAUGAGGGUGCAUAUUUCUAAACAGACAGAGGAUAUUGAAAAUGAAAAAGAAAAAAUAAGAGCCAGAAAAGAUGAACUAAAACGACUGCAAGCAGACAUUAAUAAACAACAAAGUGAAAUGGAAAACCUCAAACGAAUCAUCACUACAGAGAAGAACCAGCUUGAACUGCGAAAGGCUGAAAUAGAAAAGGAAAUAGAAAAACAACAAAAAGAAGUUAAUGACGUUGUGGAAUUCACAAAGAAUGAAAAGAGCCUUCUUGAAAAUGAAAGAGCUGCAAUGAUCUGUGAAAAAGAGGACAUGAUGGAUGAACUGAAAAAGAAGUCUGAAUAUGUGGAUCUCCUCUUGAAAGAGGUAUUGACUGAAAAGGAAUUACUGAAGAGAAAUGGGGAAGAUGUAGAAAGAAAAAGAGCCAAUGUAGACAAAGAUUCAGAGAGUCUUAAACUUGAGAGAGAAGCUUUUGAGAAUGAGAAGGAAACAAUGGAAAAAAUGAAAACUAACCUCCAAAAAGAAGCACAUGAGAUUAAAAAGCUAAAACUAGAGGCACAACGUGAUAGACAGAGGGUGGAGGAAAUGGCAGCUCAACUCCAAAUGGAGAGAGAUGAUGUCAUUAAUCUCAUUGAGGAGACAAAAAGAAAACACAUGAUGUUGGAUGAAAUGAAUGCUGAUAUUGAAGAGAAAAGGAAAGUCUUUCAAUUUGAUAAAGACAUGCUUGAGAAGCAAAAACUUGACCUGGAGAAAAACAAAUGUGAAUUUGAAGGUGCUAAGAAAGAUCUUGAACAGAAACUUGUAGAGCAAAGAGAAGAGAAUGAGAUCAAACUGGCAGAGAUACAGAAAGAAAGAGAAUCGCUAGAGUCGAUGAGUGCGAACAUCACAAGACAAACAAAUGACACUGAAAGGGAAAAGGAACAAAUAAGACACAAACAAAAAGAACUUGAGCAACUGCAAGCUGAAAUUCAGAAUGAACAAAAGGAAGUGGACAAUGCCAGAGCCAUUAUAAUAAUGGACAGCAACCAGCUUGAUCUGAGACAGGCUGAGCUAGACAAACAACAGACAAAAGUCAAUGAUAUAAUGGAACUAAUGAGAAAUGAAAGAGGUCAACUAGAUAAGGAUAAAGAAGAGAUGGAAGAACAGAAGCAGCAAAUGGAAAACCAUUUGAGAGAUGCCCUCAAGACAGAGACUGAGAACUUGGAGCUUCUUAGGCAAGACUUACUUAAAGAAAGGGAAAUGAUUGAUAAUAACAGAAAAAUGUUGCAGAAAGAAGGCGACGAUGUAGAUCAAAGAAGAAAGAAUCUAGUUCAGGACGUGGAGAUGAUAACACUUCAGAAACAAGAGUCUGAAGAUGAGAAGACUAAGUUAGAACAGAUGAAGAGCCAGCUACAAAGAGAAAAUGAUUACAUCAGAAAGCUAAAAGAAGAAACACAGAAUGAUAGACAGAAUUUGGAAAAUAUGGCAACACAACUUCAGAAAGACAGAGAUGAAAUUGCCAGUCUUGCUGAAGAGAUAAAGAACAAAAAUGAAAUUCUGGAUGAAAUGAAAGUUGCAAACGAAUCUGCAUCAGCAAAUCUACAAAGAGAGAAGGAGAAUCUUGAGCAAAUGAGGGUGCAUAUUUCUAAACAGACAGAGGAUAUUGAAAAUGAAAAAGAAAAAAUAAGAGCCAGAAAAGAUGAACUAAAACGACUGCAAGCAGACAUUAAUAAACAACAAAGUGAAAUGGAAAACCUCAAACGAAUCAUCACUACAGAGAAGAACCAGCUUGAACUGCGAAAGGCUGAAAUAGAAAAGGAAAUAGAAAAACAACAAAAAGAAGUUAAUGACGUUGUGGAAUUCACAAAGAAUGAAAAGAGCCUUCUUGAAAAUGAAAGAGCUGCAAUGAUCUGUGAAAAAGAGGACAUGAUGGAUGAACUGAAAAAGAAGUCUGAAUAUGUGGAUCUCCUCUUGAAAGAGGUAUUGACUGAAAAGGAAUUACUGAAGAGAAAUGGGGAAGAUGUAGAAAGAAAAAGAGCCAAUGUAGACAAAGAUUCAGAGAGUCUUAAACUUGAGAGAGAAGCUUUUGAGAAUGAGAAGGAAACAAUGGAAAAAAUGAAAACUAACCUCCAAAAAGAAGCACAUGAGAUUAAAAAGCUAAAACUAGAGGCACAACGUGAUAGACAGAGGGUGGAGGAAAUGGCAGCUCAACUCCAAAUGGAGAGAGAUGAUGUCAUUAAUCUCAUUGAGGAGACAAAAAGAAAACACAUGAUGUUGGAUGAAAUGAAUGCUGAUAUUGAAGAGAAAAGGAAAGUCUUUCAAUUUGAUAAAGACAUGCUUGAGAAGCAAAAACUUGACCUGGAGAAAAACAAAUGUGAAUUUGAAGGUGCUAAGAAAGAUCUUGAACAGAAACUUGUAGAGCAAAGAGAAGAGAAUGAGAUCAAACUGGCAGAGAUACAGAAAGAAAGAGAAUCGCUAGAGUCGAUGAGUGCGAACAUCACAAGACAAACAAAUGACACUGAAAGGGAAAAGGAACAAAUAAGACACAAACAAAAAGAACUUGAGCAACUGCAAGCUGAAAUUCAGAAUGAACAAAAGGAAGUGGACAAUGCCAGAGCCAUUAUAAUAAUGGACAGCAACCAGCUUGAUCUGAGACAGGCUGAGCUAGACAAACAACAGACAAAAGUCAAUGAUAUAAUGGAACUAAUGAGAAAUGAAAGAGGUCAACUAGAUAAGGAUAAAGAAGAGAUGGAAGAACAGAAGCAGCAAAUGGAAAACCAUUUGAGAGAUGCCCUCAAGACAGAGACUGAGAACUUGGAGCUUCUUAGGCAAGACUUACUUAAAGAAAGGGAAAUGAUUGAUAAUAACAGAAAAAUGUUGCAGAAAGAAGGCGACGAUGUAGAUCAAAGAAGAAAGAAUCUAGUUCAGGACGUGGAGAUGAUAACACUUCAGAAACAAGAGUCUGAAGAUGAGAAGACUAAGUUAGAACAGAUGAAGAGCCAGCUACAAAGAGAAAAUGAUUACAUCAGAAAGCUAAAAGAAGAAACACAGAAUGAUAGACAGAAUUUGGAAAAUAUGGCAACACAACUUCAGAAAGACAGAGAUGAAAUUGCCAGUCUUGCUGAAGAGAUAAAGAACAAAAAUGAAAUUCUGGAUGAAAUGAAAGUUGCAAACGAAUCUGCAUCAGCAAAUCUACAAAGAGAGAAGGAGAAUCUUGAGCAAAUGAGGGUGCAUAUUUCUAAACAGACAGAGGAUAUUGAAAAUGAAAAAGAAAAAAUAAGAGCCAGAAAAGAUGAACUAAAACGACUGCAAGCAGACAUUAAUAAACAACAAAGUGAAAUGGAAAACCUCAAACGAAUCAUCACUACAGAGAAGAACCAGCUUGAACUGCGAAAGGCUGAAAUAGAAAAGGAAAUAGAAAAACAACAAAAAGAAGUUAAUGACGUUGUGGAAUUCACAAAGAAUGAAAAGAGCCUUCUUGAAAAUGAAAGAGCUGCAAUGAUCUGUGAAAAAGAGGACAUGAUGGAUGAACUGAAAAAGAAGUCUGAAUAUGUGGAUCUCCUCUUGAAAGAGGUAUUGACUGAAAAGGAAUUACUGAAGAGAAAUGGGGAAGAUGUAGAAAGAAAAAGAGCCAAUGUAGACAAAGAUUCAGAGAGUCUUAAACUUGAGAGAGAAGCUUUUGAGAAUGAGAAGGAAACAAUGGAAAAAAUGAAAACUAACCUCCAAAAAGAAGCACAUGAGAUUAAAAAGCUAAAACUAGAGGCACAACGUGAUAGACAGAGGGUGGAGGAAAUGGCAGCUCAACUCCAAAUGGAGAGAGAUGAUGUCAUUAAUCUCAUUGAGGAGACAAAAAGAAAACACAUGAUGUUGGAUGAAAUGAAUGCUGAUAUUGAAGAGAAAAGGAAAGUCUUUCAAUUUGAUAAAGACAUGCUUGAGAAGCAAAAACUUGACCUGGAGAAAAACAAAUGUGAAUUUGAAGGUGCUAAGAAAGAUCUUGAACAGAAACUUGUAGAGCAAAGAGAAGAGAAUGAGAUCAAACUGGCAGAGAUACAGAAAGAAAGAGAAUCGCUAGAGUCGAUGAGUGCGAACAUCACAAGACAAACAAAUGACACUGAAAGGGAAAAGGAACAAAUAAGACACAAACAAAAAGAACUUGAGCAACUGCAAGCUGAAAUUCAGAAUGAACAAAAGGAAGUGGACAAUGCCAGAGCCAUUAUAAUAAUGGACAGCAACCAGCUUGAUCUGAGACAGGCUGAGCUAGACAAACAACAGACAAAAGUCAAUGAUAUAAUGGAACUAAUGAGAAAUGAAAGAGGUCAACUAGAUAAGGAUAAAGAAGAGAUGGAAGAACAGAAGCAGCAAAUGGAAAACCAUUUGAGAGAUGCCCUCAAGACAGAGACUGAGAACUUGGAGCUUCUUAGGCAAGACUUACUUAAAGAAAGGGAAAUGAUUGAUAAUAACAGAAAAAUGUUGCAGAAAGAAGGCGACGAUGUAGAUCAAAGAAGAAAGAAUCUAGUUCAGGACGUGGAGAUGAUAACACUUCAGAAACAAGAGUCUGAAGAUGAGAAGACUAAGUUAGAACAGAUGAAGAGCCAGCUACAAAGAGAAAAUGAUUACAUCAGAAAGCUAAAAGAAGAAACACAGAAUGAUAGACAGAAUUUGGAAAAUAUGGCAACACAACUUCAGAAAGACAGAGAUGAAAUUGCCAGUCUUGCUGAAGAGAUAAAGAACAAAAAUGAAAUUCUGGAUGAAAUGAAAGUUGCAAACGAAUCUGCAUCAGCAAAUCUACAAAGAGAGAAGGAGAAUCUUGAGCAAAUGAGGGUGCAUAUUUCUAAACAGACAGAGGAUAUUGAAAAUGAAAAAGAAAAAAUAAGAGCCAGAAAAGAUGAACUAAAACGACUGCAAGCAGACAUUAAUAAACAACAAAGUGAAAUGGAAAACCUCAAACGAAUCAUCACUACAGAGAAGAACCAGCUUGAACUGCGAAAGGCUGAAAUAGAAAAGGAAAUAGAAAAACAACAAAAAGAAGUUAAUGACGUUGUGGAAUUCACAAAGAAUGAAAAGAGCCUUCUUGAAAAUGAAAGAGCUGCAAUGAUCUGUGAAAAAGAGGACAUGAUGGAUGAACUGAAAAAGAAGUCUGAAUAUGUGGAUCUCCUCUUGAAAGAGGUAUUGACUGAAAAGGAAUUACUGAAGAGAAAUGGGGAAGAUGUAGAAAGAAAAAGAGCCAAUGUAGACAAAGAUUCAGAGAGUCUUAAACUUGAGAGAGAAGCUUUUGAGAAUGAGAAGGAAACAAUGGAAAAAAUGAAAACUAACCUCCAAAAAGAAGCACAUGAGAUUAAAAAGCUAAAACUAGAGGCACAACGUGAUAGACAGAGGGUGGAGGAAAUGGCAGCUCAACUCCAAAUGGAGAGAGAUGAUGUCAUUAAUCUCAUUGAGGAGACAAAAAGAAAACACAUGAUGUUGGAUGAAAUGAAUGCUGAUAUUGAAGAGAAAAGGAAAGUCUUUCAAUUUGAUAAAGACAUGCUUGAGAAGCAAAAACUUGACCUGGAGAAAAACAAAUGUGAAUUUGAAGGUGCUAAGAAAGAUCUUGAACAGAAACUUGUAGAGCAAAGAGAAGAGAAUGAGAUCAAACUGGCAGAGAUACAGAAAGAAAGAGAAUCGCUAGAGUCGAUGAGUGCGAACAUCACAAGACAAACAAAUGACACUGAAAGGGAAAAGGAACAAAUAAGACACAAACAAAAAGAACUUGAGCAACUGCAAGCUGAAAUUCAGAAUGAACAAAAGGAAGUGGACAAUGCCAGAGCCAUUAUAAUAAUGGACAGCAACCAGCUUGAUCUGAGACAGGCUGAGCUAGACAAACAACAGACAAAAGUCAAUGAUAUAAUGGAACUAAUGAGAAAUGAAAGAGGUCAACUAGAUAAGGAUAAAGAAGAGAUGGAAGAACAGAAGCAGCAAAUGGAAAACCAUUUGAGAGAUGCCCUCAAGACAGAGACUGAGAACUUGGAGCUUCUUAGGCAAGACUUACUUAAAGAAAGGGAAAUGAUUGAUAAUAACAGAAAAAUGUUGCAGAAAGAAGGCGACGAUGUAGAUCAAAGAAGAAAGAAUCUAGUUCAGGACGUGGAGAUGAUAACACUUCAGAAACAAGAGUCUGAAGAUGAGAAGACUAAGUUAGAACAGAUGAAGAGCCAGCUACAAAGAGAAAAUGAUUACAUCAGAAAGCUAAAAGAAGAAACACAGAAUGAUAGACAGAAUUUGGAAAAUAUGGCAACACAACUUCAGAAAGACAGAGAUGAAAUUGCCAGUCUUGCUGAAGAGAUAAAGAACAAAAAUGAAAUUCUGGAUGAAAUGAAAGUUGCAAACGAAUCUGCAUCAGCAAAUCUACAAAGAGAGAAGGAGAAUCUUGAGCAAAUGAGGGUGCAUAUUUCUAAACAGACAGAGGAUAUUGAAAAUGAAAAAGAAAAAAUAAGAGCCAGAAAAGAUGAACUAAAACGACUGCAAGCAGACAUUAAUAAACAACAAAGUGAAAUGGAAAACCUCAAACGAAUCAUCACUACAGAGAAGAACCAGCUUGAACUGCGAAAGGCUGAAAUAGAAAAGGAAAUAGAAAAACAACAAAAAGAAGUUAAUGACGUUGUGGAAUUCACAAAGAAUGAAAAGAGCCUUCUUGAAAAUGAAAGAGCUGCAAUGAUCUGUGAAAAAGAGGACAUGAUGGAUGAACUGAAAAAGAAGUCUGAAUAUGUGGAUCUCCUCUUGAAAGAGGUAUUGACUGAAAAGGAAUUACUGAAGAGAAAUGGGGAAGAUGUAGAAAGAAAAAGAGCCAAUGUAGACAAAGAUUCAGAGAGUCUUAAACUUGAGAGAGAAGCUUUUGAGAAUGAGAAGGAAACAAUGGAAAAAAUGAAAACUAACCUCCAAAAAGAAGCACAUGAGAUUAAAAAGCUAAAACUAGAGGCACAACGUGAUAGACAGAGGGUGGAGGAAAUGGCAGCUCAACUCCAAAUGGAGAGAGAUGAUGUCAUUAAUCUCAUUGAGGAGACAAAAAGAAAACACAUGAUGUUGGAUGAAAUGAAUGCUGAUAUUGAAGAGAAAAGGAAAGUCUUUCAAUUUGAUAAAGACAUGCUUGAGAAGCAAAAACUUGACCUGGAGAAAAACAAAUGUGAAUUUGAAGGUGCUAAGAAAGAUCUUGAACAGAAACUUGUAGAGCAAAGAGAAGAGAAUGAGAUCAAACUGGCAGAGAUACAGAAAGAAAGAGAAUCGCUAGAGUCGAUGAGUGCGAACAUCACAAGACAAACAAAUGACACUGAAAGGGAAAAGGAACAAAUAAGACACAAACAAAAAGAACUUGAGCAACUGCAAGCUGAAAUUCAGAAUGAACAAAAGGAAGUGGACAAUGCCAGAGCCAUUAUAAUAAUGGACAGCAACCAGCUUGAUCUGAGACAGGCUGAGCUAGACAAACAACAGACAAAAGUCAAUGAUAUAAUGGAACUAAUGAGAAAUGAAAGAGGUCAACUAGAUAAGGAUAAAGAAGAGAUGGAAGAACAGAAGCAGCAAAUGGAAAACCAUUUGAGAGAUGCCCUCAAGACAGAGACUGAGAACUUGGAGCUUCUUAGGCAAGACUUACUUAAAGAAAGGGAAAUGAUUGAUAAUAACAGAAAAAUGUUGCAGAAAGAAGGCGACGAUGUAGAUCAAAGAAGAAAGAAUCUAGUUCAGGACGUGGAGAUGAUAACACUUCAGAAACAAGAGUCUGAAGAUGAGAAGACUAAGUUAGAACAGAUGAAGAGCCAGCUACAAAGAGAAAAUGAUUACAUCAGAAAGCUAAAAGAAGAAACACAGAAUGAUAGACAGAAUUUGGAAAAUAUGGCAACACAACUUCAGAAAGACAGAGAUGAAAUUGCCAGUCUUGCUGAAGAGAUAAAGAACAAAAAUGAAAUUCUGGAUGAAAUGAAAGUUGCAAACGAAUCUGCAUCAGCAAAUCUACAAAGAGAGAAGGAGAAUCUUGAGCAAAUGAGGGUGCAUAUUUCUAAACAGACAGAGGAUAUUGAAAAUGAAAAAGAAAAAAUAAGAGCCAGAAAAGAUGAACUAAAACGACUGCAAGCAGACAUUAAUAAACAACAAAGUGAAAUGGAAAACCUCAAACGAAUCAUCACUACAGAGAAGAACCAGCUUGAACUGCGAAAGGCUGAAAUAGAAAAGGAAAUAGAAAAACAACAAAAAGAAGUUAAUGACGUUGUGGAAUUCACAAAGAAUGAAAAGAGCCUUCUUGAAAAUGAAAGAUGUCAGCUUGAUCUGAGACUAGCUGAUCUAGAUAAACAACAAACAGAAUUGAAUGCCAUUAUGGACUCAGUAAAGACUGAGAGAAGUCGACUAGAUAAGGAUAAAAAAGAGAUGGAAGAAAACACUGAGAACUUGGAAAUUCUAAGACAAAACUUGCAUAAAGAAAGGGAGUUAAUUGAUAAUAACAGUAAAUUUCUGCAGAAAGAAAGUGAUGAUUUAGACCAAAAGAGAAAGAAUCUGUCUCAGGACUUGAUGAUGUUAACAUUUCAGAAACGUGCGAUUGAAGAUGAAAAGGACAUAUUAGAACAGAUGAAGAUCCAGCUUCUAAGAGAAACUGAUGAUAUUAGAAAUCUAAAGGAAGAGACAGAAAGUGAAAGACAACAUUUGGAAGAAAUGGCUGCACAACUUCAGAAAGAAAGAGAUGAGAUUGUGGAAUUUGCAACUAACGAAAAGAAUAGUGUUGAAAGCAAAAGAGCUGCAAUGGCCAAAGAAAAACAGGACUUGAUGAAUGAGUUGAAAAAGAAGACCGAAAAUGUGGAACUCCUCAUGGAAGAGGUACUUACAGAGAAGAAAUUACUUGAAAAGUCCAGGCAAUUUCUAAAUAGAGAUAUAGAAGAUGUAGAUAAAAAGAGAGCUAAUUUAGACAAAGACUCAGAGAGUCUCAAACUUGAGAGAGAAGCUUUUGAGGGUGAGAAGGAAAUGAUGCGACAAUUGAAAUAUGAGCUACGAAGAGAAGCGGAUGAGAUUGAGAAGCUAAAACUAGAGAUACAACACGAAAGACAGAGGGUGGAGGAAAUGGCAACUCAAUUCCAAAAAGAAAGACAUGAUUUCAGUUAUCUAGAUGAGGACACAAAAAGAAAGAAAGAUAUUUUGGAUAACACUUAUAUUGAAAUACAGAAGGAACAACAAGCAAUUGAGAGUGACAAAGACUUGAUCAGAAAGGAACAUUCUGAUCUGGAGAAAACCAAAGAUAAGGAAGAUCUUGAAUGCCAACUUGCUGAACUUAAGGCAAAACUUGAGAUCACAAUGGAAGAGAUACAGCAAGAGAGAGACACUCUUCAGCAGAUGAGGGAGAAAAUCUCAAGAGAAAGAAUUAUCCUUGAAAAUGAAAAGGAGCAGUUAAGAAUGGGAAAGGAUGAUCUUGAGAGAAUGAGAGCAGACAUUAAAAAACAGCGAGAAGAUCGCUUGAGGUUCGAAAUCCCAUUAGAAGAGAGUCUGCUUGGGAAAGCAAAGACUGCAAUGGUUUUUCAGCAGAGUGCAGUGGAUGCAGCCAACAGAGUCUCAGAAAAGGAGAGGACUGAUCCUGACAGACAAAGAGUCAUGACAGAGCAAGUGAAGGAAUUACACUUCCAUUUGAAAGAUGCAUUAGAAACAGACACAGAGAGAAUGAAGCCAGACAUACAUGAUAAAGAUGAGAUCAUGUCUGAGAAGCAGCUUAUUGAAGAUGAGAGGGAGAAGUUCGAUCAGAUGAGAGCCGAUUUGCUAAAUGAAGCAGAUCAUAUUGAAAAGCAAAAGCAGGACAUCCAGAAUGAAAGACAGAAGCUAGAAGAAAUGGCAGCUCAACUUCGAGAAGAAAGGGGGAUUAUUGAGAGUCUUAAUGAGGAGAUUAAUGUGCAGAAAUACAAUCAACAAAGAGUUGCAACUGAGUUUGAAAUGGAGAAGGCUGAUCUUGAGAAAAUCAAGACAGAAAUUGCUAAAGCCAACGAUUAUUUUACAGAACAAAGGGAAAAUCAUGAGAUGAUAGUGGCAGAGAUAAAGAGCGAGAAGGACACUAUUGAAAAAAUGAGGAUGGACAUCUCUAAACAAGUGGAAAUUAUUGAAAACGAGAAUGGAAAUCUAUCACGCAGAGAAAGUGAACUUGUACAGCUCCAAGGAGAUGUUCUAAAACAACAGCAGGAGAUGGAUGAGCUGAAGAACAUUAUCAUGCUGGAAAUGAAUCGGCUUGACCAGAGACAGAUUGAUAUUGAUCAUUUACAGAGAGAGGCUGAUGAUUUAAUGGAAUUUACAAAGACAGAAAUGACAAAUAUAGAAAAAGAAAGGAUUGAAUUGAUGGCACAGAAGAGGAAUAUGGAAAGCAAUAUGGUCAUGCUAGAGAAGGAGAAGGAGAACAUUAAGCAACUGAAAAUAAAGUUACUUGAAGAAAAAGAUGCAGUUGAAAAAGAAAGAGGGCUGCUGACUAGAGAUUUGGAUAAUAUGCAGAGACAGAAAAUGGAUAUAGAGAGAGAAAUUGAGAAUAUAAAAAUUGAGAAGCAAAAAAUUGAGAAUGAGAAGGAAGAGCUACAGAAGAUGAAAACUGACCUUCAAAUAAAAGCUGAGGACUUUGAGAAUCGAAUUGAGGAGACAAACAGUGACAGACAGAAACUAAAAGAGAUGGCAGCCCAAUUUCAAAAACAGAGAGAUGACAUUAUUAGUCUUCCUGAAAAGAGCCAAAUGGAGGGAGAGUUCUUAGUUGGAACAUAUGAUGAGAUAGAUAAGCAAAGGGAAGUCAUUAAAUCUGACAAAGACCUGCUUCAAGAAGAAAGGUCUGAGCUGGAGAAAACCAAGGCAGAGAUUAGCAAAGCCAUGGUAGAUCUAGAUAAUAGAAGAGCUGUGAUACAGGUUGAGAUAGACAUACUGGAGCAGAUGAAUACAAAGAACUUGAGACAAAUAGCUCAAAUUGAAGAUGAGAAGGAAGAAAUAAGGCACAAAGAGAAUAAACUAGAUCAAAUGAAAGUGGAACUUCAAAAUCAACAAAAGGAAAUGGAUGACAUGAAAAACAACAUAAUAAUGGAAAGAAUCGAUAUGGAGAAUUUGGAACAAAAGAGAGCCGAAUUGGCCAGAGACUUCGAAAACCUCAGCAUUCAGAAACAAGCUUUUGAGAAUGAGAAAGAUGACAUGUAUAAUAUGAGGGCUGAACUACACAAAGAGAAAGAAGAUAUCCUGAAGCUAAAGCUAAACCUUCACAUAGAAGGACAAAGGUUUGCAGCAGAGCUAGAAAAAGAGAGACAGCAUCUUGUUGAGGAGGCCAAACUCAAAAAUGACAUCCUGAAUGAAAUGCAAGCUGAGAUAGAAAGACAGCAAAAAGCCAUUGCUGUAGACAAAGAGAUGAUUACAAAUGAAAGGUUGGAUCUGGAGAAAACCAAGGAAGAUUUCAAAAGGCAGUGUGCUAUCCAGUCGGAGAAGAAUGACAUCACACGGACUGAGCUGCAGAAAGAGAGGAAUAAUCUUGAUCAGAUUGAUGUGGAGAUAUUAAGACAAAAACAUGACCUUGAGAGAGAAAAGGCGGAGUUGUUAGAGCAGAAGCAGUUGAUGGAGGUCAAUUUGAGGGAAAUGCUUAAGAAGGAUACUGAAAAUAUGGACCACCUUAAGAAACAGCUGUUGGAGGAGUUUAAAUCAAUUGAGGAAAACAAGAAACAACUGGAAAAAGACAUAAAUGACAUGAAGCAAAAGAAAUCAAACCUGAAUGAAGAAUUAGAGUUGAUAACAAUCAACAAAAAGAAUAUUCAAGAUGAAAAAGAUGAUCUAGAGCAAAUGAAAGCAGAGCUCCAAAGGAAAACUGAGGCUAUAGAAAAGUCAAUGCAAGAGAUGAGUGAGAGAAGGAAAGAUGCACUUGAGGGAGAUACUGAAGAGAGCAAAAUGAAAGCAGACCUAUAUAAACAAAAUACUGAGAUACAGCAACAAAAGGAGGAGUUGGAAACAUAUGCCAAAAAGCUGAAAGAAUGCAAACUAGAACUACAGAAGGCAAAAACUGAGAUAGAGAAAUGUAGGGAAGAUUCUGAUCUUGAAAGACAGGUAAUAAAACAGAUGGAAGAAAAUUUACAAAAGGAAAGAGAAAGUAUUGAGGAUAUCAGACGUAAUCUACUUAAUCAGGAAGAGGCAAUUGAAAAAGAAAAGACAGCAGUAAAGUUGAGAACUCAUGAGCUACAUCUCCUCCAAGCAGAAACAGAAAAACUAAAAGAAGAGAUGGUUAAACAAAAGGAUGAAUCAGAGCAAGGAAUACAAGAAGAGCGAAGGAGACUAAAGAUGGCAGAGGAGGAAUGGGCUGCACAAAUUAAAAAGUUGCAAGAAGAGAUGGACAUAAUCAAAGACCUAAAGGCUGAAUUAGCAAAAGAACAAGAAUCAAAUGAUGAAAAGUUGAAAGAGGUCAUGAGAGAAAUGGAAAAAUAUGAUAAGAUGACAGCUCUGCAACAAAAGCAAAGAGAAGAAAACGAAAAGGAUUUGGAAGAAACCAAACGUGAGAAACAAGAACUGGAAGACAUCAGAUUAAAUAUUCUAAUUCAAAAAGAGCAGUUUGAGACAAAAAGGCAUUCUGAGAUGGAGAAACUCAUUAGUAUGAGAGCUGAAAUACAGAAACAAACCCAAGAAUUAGAGGAUAAGAUUCAAAAGACUAAACUUGAGAUGGGAGAACUGAAGCUUCUUCAUGAUGAAACUGAUAGCAAGAGGAAAGAUCUUGAUCAAAGGAUAAGACAGGCUGUAAGAAAAAGAGAUGAGAUGGAGAAAAUAAGGGCUGACAUAGAAAAUGCAAAUGAGAAGCUUAAAAUGGAAAGGAUCAUGCUAAGUAUAGAGCGGGGUGAGAUGGAACAACUAAAAGCUGAGAUUCAAAGAGCGAAAGAGGGAAUGGAAUCUCCCAUGGAAGAGAGAGGUGGCGAUCUGGAGGAGAGAGAACAGAUGAACACUGAGUUACAGAGGCUUAUUCAAGAGGUUGAAAAGACUGGUGAAAUGGCUUGGAAAACAGAAUAUGAUCUGGAAAAAAGGAUGGAGAGAGGUGGUGAUGUUGAAGUAGAGGAAAGACAAGAAAUGAGUGCUUACAUGCAGAGAUUGAUCCACGAAAUUGAGCAUAUUAGAAAUGUUCUAAGAAGAAUGAAAGAAGAAGUCAACACAACUAGGAAAGAAAGACUUGAACUGGAGAACAUGAGGCAGGAAGUUGAAGCCAUGAGACAGAAAAUUAAAGAAACUUAUGAGCAGCAGAAGAAUGAGAUACAACAUGAAAGACAGCAAAUAGAAAGAAGCAAAGACUUGUUGAGUAGAGAGAGAAGUGAAUUUGAGAAAAAAAGAGCUGCUUUGGAGAGUCAAAGACAAGAAAUGGCAUUGGACAAACAAAAACUACAUAAUCAAUCUGAACUACUGCAUAAAGCAAAGGCUGACACACAGAAGAAAUCUGAGAUUCUGGAAAGCCUUCUAGAAGAGACAACCAGAGAGAAAGCAGAAGAUACAUUACCCAGGGGAAAGGAAGGAAGUGAGAGUUUCUCUGAAAUGACAGACGGAGUGUCAGUGGAUUUAACAGAUAAAAUGGAAGCAUUAAGCAUUGACGACCCACAAGAUGUUACAAAUGAGGAAAGUGAGCGCAUGAUGGAAGAAGUGAACAGACAAAUAAAAACAGUGACAGGGAUGAAGGCUGAGGGGCAUCGACAACAGUUAGAACUUGAAAAGAGUAAAGUAGAUAUAAACCAUCAGAGGGCCGAGCUAGGUAAAAUGAGGUCUGUUAUAUUAAAAAGUGAAAGGGACACUGAAAGUAGAGAGCCAGGAUUACCAUCAGGUGAGGUGGAACUGAUGGAAAUUCAGAGACAGAAAGAAGAAUUAGAAGAAAGAAUUCAAAAAAUGAGGCAUGAGAAGAGAGAACUGGAAGUCAUUAGGUCUGAGAUAGUCCUAGAAAAGAGGGAUCUGGAUCAGAAAAUGAAACAAGUAGUGAGAAAAAGGGAUGAGAUGGAGAGAAUGAAGACUGAGAUAGCAAAGGCCAGAGAAGAGAUCAACAGAGAGGGGAAAGAUCUGGAGCUGCUAAGGAAUAACAUUCAAAGCACUAGAGAUGAUUUUGAACUCUUGAUGGAGAGAACUACCAAUCUAGAAGAUGACGAAACUACAAACACUGACAUUCAAAGGCUCAUUUUAGAGGUUGAGAAAAUCAGGGAAAUGGUGCAAGAUCUGAAAUUUGACAUGGAGAGAAGGAUGGAGGAAAGAAAGUCAGAAAAACAUGAAAAAGAAAGCUUCAAAUUUGAGAUCCAGAGGCUAAUUCAAAAUAUUGGACAAAUACGAGAAAAUCUAGGAAGAUUUAGAGAAGAGCUAGAAACCACCAGAAGACACAAGAAUCAAUUGGAGAGGAAAAGGGUAGAACUUGUACAGGAGCAACGAGACCAAGAGAGCAUGAGAGAAAUACUGCAGAAAGAAAGAAAAGAGCUGGAAAAAAUCAAGGACGACUUAAACCGAGAAAAGGAAUACGUAGAGACAGAAAGAAAAUUGGACAAGGUAGAAUUGGUCAAAGAAAAAGUUUUUAAGGACACAGAAGAAAUAGCUGUCCAGAAGUCAAAGGAAGAACUUAAUAGGAUCACUGAGGAACUCCUGAGAAAUAAGAGUGAUCUGGAACAUGUGUUGAACAAUAUACAAACCCAGAGGCAAACCAUGGAAGAAAUGAAAGCGUUGCAUGAAAAGAAAAAGAGUGAACUGGAAGCAAUAACUUCUGAGAUAAAAAGGAGAGAGCAGAUACUAGAGAAGCAGAAAAAUGAGCUUGAGGAGGAGGGACGAAUAGUUAAAGGAAUAGAGAAAAAGAAAGAGAAACUUGAGAAGAUAAAUAUGGAAAUGCUGAAUAAAAGUGAAGAUAUUGCAAAAGAGAAGGACAAUACAAAGCAAGAAAGGCAAGAGUUAGAGCUCUUCAGGGAUGACCUACAAAGACAGAGAGAUUAUAUUGAAUCUUUAAAACAAGAUUUGAUGAUGGUGAAGGAUCGGUUAGAAUACCAACAAGCUGAAAUUAACCAACAAAAGCAUGAGAUGAGCACUGCCUAUGAGAAAGAAUGGAAAAAUCUAGAAAAGAUGAGGUUGGAGCUAGAAAACAAGAGGGUUGAACUUGAAGACAGAAUUAGAGGUACCAGAAAAAUGGAGGAGAAUCUAGAAGAGAUGAGGAAUGAACUAAACAAAGAAAAAGAGCAAGUGAAAGGAAUGAAGCAGCUAGUCAGCAAGGAGAGAGAUUUGAUUGAACAAGAGAAAGAUAGUUUAAGAAAACAGACACAAGAGGUAGAUAUCAUGAAUCAAAAUAUUGAAAAGGAAAAAUCAGAGCUUGAAGAUGCCCGUGCUGAGCAUCAAAAGAAUUUAGAAGUCAUAGAAAUCCUCAUGCAGGAAGUAAACAGUGAGAAAGACCAAAUUCUCAAACUUCAAAUUCAAAGUGAGCAUAUGGAAAAGACCAUUAGAGAAAUGGAGACUGAGAAAAAAUAUUUUGACGUAAUGAGAGCUGAACUGCAAAAUGAAAAAAUAGGACUGAAAAAUGACAGGGAUGUUUAUGAAAUUGAAAAGACUAAUCUGCAAUUUAAUAAAGAAAAGUUAGUGAGAGAAACGGAGGACCUGGAAACAAAAACAUUACAACAGAGAGUAAAGAAUGAGGAGGCAAUACAAGAGAUUCAAAAUCAGAGAGAGGUUCUAGAACAGAUGAGAGUGGACAGAGCAAAAGAGAGAGAUGAUAUUGACAAAGAGAAGGAACACAUACUUUCAGAAAGGCAGAAACUGGUCACACUUCAAGGAGAGUUGCAAAGAAAGGAAAGUGAGCUUGACAACAGAAUGCAAACUCUCAUGAACGAGAAACAGCAGCUGAAACAGACUCAAGAUGAAAUGUAUGAAAUGCAUGACAAGAUUAAAAGUAAUCUGGAGAGAAAAGCAGCGGAAAUUGAAGAGGAGAGACAACGAUUAAUAGAAAUGGAUGAAACAAUGAAGAGUGAAAGGAAUGAAUAUAGAAAGUUGUUCGAAGAGGUACAGAAAGAAAAAUCACUGAUUGAAAUCAGCAAAAAGUGGAUGGAUGAAGAGAAGAAAGAUUUUGAAAUCACAAAGACUGAUCUGGAGAGGCAAUUACAAAAUUUAAAACAUGAAAAGCAAAAUAUACAAGAUGAAAAGGGUGUACUGGAACAGAUAAGGGCAGAGUCCAAAGAGAUCCAAAGUGUUAUCCAAAAGGAGAGGGAAGAUCAGGAGAAAUGUUGGUUGAAGAUCGAAGAGGAAAAGCAAAGAAUGGAGGAAGAAGUCUUACUAUUAGAGAGACAGAGAGAAAUCAAUAAUAAACUGCAAAGUGGAUUACAAAAACACAGAGAGGACCUUGAAAACAGGAAAGAACAGAUUGAUAAAAAAGUAGAGGAACUAUCGCAAAUGAGGGUUGAACUAGAAAAAAAGAAUAAAGAAAUAGAAAUUGCUAACCAAAAAAUUAAAGAUGCCAAAAACAACAUUGAAGAGACUAAAGCUAAGAUGCAGAGAGAAACCAACGCUAACCUAAAGGAAAAGGAAAAAGUUGAAGACAUGAAAUCCAAACUCCAAAAAGAUAGAGAUGAAAUGAUAAUUUCCAAGAACGAGACUGAAAGGAAAAUGAGAGACAUUGAAAAAAUGAUGAAGGAGAUGGAGAGACAAAAGCAAGAAUAUGAGAAAAUUGAAAUAAUGCUGGAGAAGGAAAAGACUGAGAUGGAAAACAGAAAAAAAGAGAUUGACAGAGAAAAAGAGGAAGUGGAAAGUCAAAUUAUUAAGCAAAGAGAGCUUGAUUCAAAAAGACAGAUUGAGAUACAAAAGGAGAUACUGGCACUUGAGCAGAUGAAAGAUGAACUUACUACAGAAAAGGAGGCAAGCGAGAUAGAAAGGAAUAACUUGAUGAUGAUAAGCAACCAAAUAGAACUUUUAAGGGCAGAGAUAAAGAAAGAGCAAGAUGAAAAUGAGAACAUGAAGAAAAACCUAAUGAUGGAAAAAUCAAAAAUUGAGAAAAGACAGGCUGAGGUACUCAACCAACAACAAGAGAAUGAUAAAGCCAUGGAGAGCAAUAAGAAGGAGAGAGCACAUUUGGAACAAAAGAGGUGUGAAAUUGAAGAGCAGAAACAGAUGAUGGAGCUUAACAUUACACACAUAUUGGAGGAGAAACAGAAACUUGCUAAUUUAUCACAAGACCUUCAGAAAGCUAAUGAAGAAAUUCAAAACAUUAAAUACAUGACCAGAAAAGAAAGGGAAGACACUGAACAAAUGCAAGCAGAGAUAUAUAGUCAGAUGCAGUCAAUUGAACUUGAAAGAGAUAUCCUGCAAAGCAAGCAAAAUGCUCUUAAGGAAAAAGAGUUUAACAUACAGAAAAAGCAAGAAGAAUUAGAGCAUUUCAUAAAGGAAACUAAGAGGAAAAACAUGGAAAUAGAUGGAAUUGCUUUGCAGCUUCAGACUAAACAGGGAAAUUUGGAUAAUGUUCUUGAGGAAACCAAUAGGAGACAAAGUGUUAUUGAAAAAAUGCAAAUUGAAUUAGAAUUGCAAAAACAAAGAAAUGAUAGUGACUUUGAGUUGCUUGAGAAGAUCCGCUAUGAAAUUGAGAACGAAAAGGAAGAAAUGAAGCAGAAAAAGGUCGAACUGCAAAUCUGGACUGAACAACAGAGAAAUGAAGCUCAAGUUCAAUACAACAACAUAGAAAAAGAGAGAGAAAGUUUAGAAAAGAUAAAUAGAAACCUCCUUGCCCAGAGAGAAGUAAUUGAAAAAGAGAAGAGAGAAAUGGCACUUCAGAGGGAUGAACUAGAUUUCAUUAGAGAUGAGAUAAAAAGGGUGAAUUCUGAAAUGGUGACCACGAGACAAACAAUGAUAAUGGGGAAGGCUGAGUUGGAGCAGAGAGAGACUGAUAUUACUCAGCAACAGCAAAGACUGGAUCAAAGUUUAAGAGAGAUAUAUGAAGAGAAAAGUGAACUGGACAAGAUGAGGAUUGAGCUGGAUGCACAGAAACAUCAAAUAGAAGAGGACAGGAAGAUAAAUGCAAGGCAGGAAAGAGAAAUUGCUCAACUGAGAAAUGAAAUACAAAGAGAAAAACAAGACAUUGAGGAGAACAAGAACAUAACUAAUAACCUAAUGAAAGAGUGGGAACUCAUGAAAGUCAAGCUAGAUAAACAACAAGAAGAGAUCCAAAUUGAAGUACAAAAACUCAUGGAAGAGAGAAAACUGAUUGGCCAGUCAAAAGCUGAGAUACAAAAUGAUGCUGAAAAUGUAAAGAAUGCCUUUGAUGAGAUCAGGAGGGAGCAUGAAAUACUUGAGACAAUGGAGGCACAAAUAAAACUGAUCAAGGUGCAGUGUGACGUUACCAUGGAGGAAACAAACAGGAAGAGGAGUGAACUGGAAAAGACUGCUUCUGACAUAGCAGAGAAAAAUCAAAAGAUUGACAUAAAAAAAGAUCUCCUAGUAAAAGAGAGAAAGGACAUUGAAAGGGAAAGGACAGAGCUACAGAGAAGAGCUAAGGACCUGGAGUUGCAAACCUUGCAACAGAGAGAUGAAUUAAUGAAGGAAAAAGAGGGCAACAUGAAGAAGUGGAGAGAAUUGGACGUGCUCCAGAAAGACAUUCAAAAGGAAAGGGAUGAAAUGGAAGCAGCAAAACAUAAGUUAGAUAUUGAAAAGACUAAAAUUAAUCAAGAGCAGCAAAGACUGAAAGAGAAUUCACAAGCCAUGGAUGAGGAGAGGAGUGAUCUGGAUAAGAUGAGGACUGAAUCUGAAGUACACAGACAACAAAUAGAAGAAGAAAUUAAAGUACAAGCAAAGAUGGAGAGGGAUAAAAUUGAUCAGUUAAAGAGUGAACUGGAAAGAGAAAAGACUGAAAUAAAUCAUGAGCAGCAGAAACUGGAUGAUAAUAGGAAAGUGAUUGAACAGGAAAUAAAUUAUCUGGAAAAGAUGAGGUCUGAAAUAAUGAAACAAAAAGAGGAAAUGGAAGAAGACAUAAAAGAGGCAAUCAAAACAGAGAGAUUAGAACUUGAUCAAAAAGUAAAAGAGAUAGAUCAAGAAAAAUAUGAAAUCGAAAAGAGCAAAAAAUCAGUACAGAAGUUAAAAGAUGAAGUGGAAGAACAGAUAAAUGAUAUAAAAAUCCAAAAAGAAGAAAUUGAACUCGAGAGACAAAAGAUCACUGAUGAAAAAGAUUUUCUGGCUCAAACUAAUGCUAAACUGCAAAAAGAAAGUGAAUAUAUCAAAUGCAUCAAGGAAGAAACAAGGAAGGAUAGGGAAACAUUGAAGGGAAUGGAAGCCCAUCUACAAAAGGAAAAAGAAGAAACUAUAAAAAGUCUAGAGCAGAACAAAGCCAGGAUACUGGAACUGAAAACUAUAACCGAGCAGGAACAUUAUGACAUUAACAUAAAAAGACAAGAGUUGGACUACUUGCAAGAACAGAUCAUUAAACAGAAAGAGGAACUUGAAAUAAGUAAAAAUGAGGUUUUGAUUGUAAAAGCUAGUCUUGAGAAGAAAGCAGCUGAAAUAAACCAAGAGCAGCAAAAACUGGAUGAGAAUCUGAAAGCAAUGAAAGAAGAGAGAAAAGAACUUGAUAUGAUGCAGAAAGAGAGAAAAGACAUUGCAAGAGAAUGGACAGAGCUAAAGAGAAGAGCUGAUGAACUGGAGCUGGAAAGAACAAAACUCAAGGAAAAAGAAGAGAUGAUUAAAAUGGCAAUGAAGGAAGAGGGGAAGAUUGUUGAGCAGAAGGGUGAUGAAAUCUUGAGACAGAAAGAUGAGUUACAGAAGAAAAAAGCAGAUAUGAUUCAGAAGCAGUGUGAAUUAGACAUUCUUCAGGAAGAAAUACAAAAACAAAGGGAUAAAAUGGAAGAAGUAGAAAACAAGUUACAGACUGAAAAGUCUCUGCUUGAGCAGAGAAAGACUGAAAUGAAUCAACAGCAGCAAAGACUGGAAGAGAGUUUAAGAGCCAUGAAUGAAGAGAGGAGUGAUCUGGAUAAGAGGAAGAUUGAAUCUGAAGCACACAGACAACAAAUGGAAAAAGAGAUGAGAGUAAAAGCAAAGAUGGAGAGGGAUGAACUUGAUCAGUUAAAGAGUGAACUGGAAAGAGAAAAGACUGAAAUAAAUCAUGAGCAGCAGAAACUGGAUGAUAACAAGAAAGCGAUUGAACAGGAAAAAAUGGACCUAGAGAAAAUGUGGUCUGAAAUAAUGAAACAAAAAUUGCAAAUGGAAGCAGACAGCAGAGAGAUAAUCAAACUAGAGAGAUCAGAACUUGACCAGAAAAUAGAAGACAUUGAGGUAGAAAAGGCUGAAAUUGAAAAGAGCAAGGUAACAGUACAGAAGUUAAAGAAUGAAGUGGAAGAACAUAUAAAUGAAAUGAAAGUCCAAAAAGAAGAAAUUGAACAUGAGAGACAAAAGAUCAUGGAUGAAAAAGAUUCACUGGCUCAAAGCAAGGCUGAACUGAAAAAGGAAAGUCAACAAAUCAGGGACAUGGAGGAAGAAAUAAAGAAGGAAAGGGAAACACUGAAGGAAACAGAAGGCCAUCUACAAAAGGAAAAAGAAGAAAUUGAGAGUGUUAUUGAAGAAACAAGGAGAAGAAAAGAGGAUAUGGAAAAGAUAAGCACAGACAUAGCCAAACAAAAACAGGAGUUGCAGAAUUCCAGAAAGCUUCUAGAACAGGAAAGAGAAGAAAUAAACAUUAAAUGGGCACAGUUACAACAAAGAAUUCUUGAUUUUGAAGUUAAUGUCAAAAAACAGAGGGAAGAUGGCAUGAAAGAACAGCAGAAUAUUGAAAACCAAAGAAAUCAUCUAGAGCAGUCCAAAGCUGAGAUCCUGGAACUGAAGACCAAAGCUGAGCAGGAGCAAGAAGACAUAAACCAAAGGAAUCAAGAGUUGAACACACUGCAAGAAGAGAUCAUUAAAGAGAAAGAGGAACUACAUGAAAGUAGAAACAUGGUUUUAACUGAAACAGCCACACUUAAGAUGAGAGCUGCUGAAAUAAACCAACAGCAGCAAGAGCUGGAUGAGAAGCUAAAAGAGAUGAUAGUGGAGAGAAAUGGACUUGAAACAUUGCAGAAUGAACUUCAGUGUCAAAGACAACAAAUUGAAGAGGACAUGACAAUGAAAGCUGUGAAGAAGAGAGAAGAAAUCGAUCAGCUUUUGGAGCAACUAAAUGCACAAGAAAAAGAGAUACAAGUUGAAAAAGAAAAACAACAGCAAGAGAGAAAAGAUUUUGAACAAUCAAAGGCUGAAUUCCUGCUGAAUGUUCUGGAGAACACCAGAAAGAAACAAGAAAUGGAAGAAAAGCUUAAAAAGGCAAACAUGGAAUAUGAGAGUGUCAUAGAAGAAACAAACAGGAAAAGGAGUGAACUAGAGAGAAUCAAUUUUGAUCUAUCAGAGCAAACCCAAAACAUUAAGACCAAGAAGGAGCUUCUGAAGAAAGAGAGAAAGGACAUUGAAAUGGAAAGGGAAGAGUUACUAAGAAGAGCUGAUGAACUGGAGCUGGAAAGAACAAAACUCAAGGAAAAAGAAGAGAUGAUUAAAAUGGCAAUGAAGGAAGAGAGGAAGUUUGUUGAGCAGAAGGGUGAUGAAAUCUUGAGACAGAAAGAUGAGUUACAGAAGAAAAAAGCAGAUAUGAUUCAGAAGCAGUGCGAAUUAGACAUUCUUCAGGAAGAAAUACAAAAACAAAGGGAUAAAAUGGAAGAAGUAGAAAACAAGUUACAGACUGAAAAGUCUCUGCUUGAGCAGAGAAAGACUGAAAUGAAUCAACAGCAGCAAAGACUGGAAGAGAGUUUAAGAGCCAUGAAUGAAGAGAGGAGUGAUCUGGAUAAGAGGAAGAUUGAAUCUGAAGCACACAGACAACAAAUGGAAAAAGAGAUGAGAGUAAAAGCAAAGAUGGAGAGGGAUGAACUUGAUCAGUUAAAGAGUGAACUGGAAAGAGAAAAGACUGAAAUAAAUCAUGAGCAGCAGAAACUGGAUGAUAACAAGAAAGCGAUUGAACAGGAAAAAAUGGACCUAGAGAAAAUGUGGUCUGAAAUAAUGAAACAAAAAUUGCAAAUGGAAGCAGACAGCAGAGAGAUAAUCAAACUAGAGAGAUCAGAACUUGACCAGAAAAUAGAAGACAUUGAGGUAGAAAAGGCUGAAAUUGAAAAGAGCAAGGUAACAGUACAGAAGUUAAAGAAUGAAGUGGAAGAACAUAUAAAUGAAAUGAAAGUCCAAAAAGAAGAAAUUGAACAUGAGAGACAAAAGAUCAUGGAUGAAAAAGAUUCACUGGCUCAAAGCAAGGCUGAACUGAAAAAGGAAAGUCAACAAAUCAGGGACAUGGAGGAAGAAAUAAAGAAGGAAAGGGAAACACUGAAGGAAACAGAAGGCCAUCUACAAAAGGAAAAAGAAGAAAUUGAGAGUGUUAUUGAAGAAACAAGGAGAAGAAAAGAGGAUAUGGAAAAGAUAAGCACAGACAUAGCCAAACAAAAACAGGAGUUGCAGAAUUCCAGAAAGCUUCUAGAACAGGAAAGAGAAGAAAUAAACAUUAAAUGGGCACAGUUACAACAAAGAAUUCUUGAUUUUGAAGUUAAUGUCAAAAAACAGAGGGAAGAUGGCAUGAAAGAACAGCAGAAUAUUGAAAACCAAAGAAAUCAUCUAGAGCAGUCCAAAGCUGAGAUCCUGGAACUGAAGACCAAAGCUGAGCAGGAGCAAGAAGACAUAAACCAAAGGAAUCAAGAGUUGAACACACUGCAAGAAGAGAUCAUUAAAGAGAAAGAGGAACUACAUGAAAGUAGAAACAUGGUUUUAACUGAAACAGCCACACUUAAGAUGAGAGCUGCUGAAAUAAACCAACAGCAGCAAGAGCUGGAUGAGAAGCUAAAAGAGAUGAUAGUGGAGAGAAAUGGACUUGAAACAUUGCGGAAUGAACUUCAGUGUCAAAGACAACAAAUUGAAGAGGACAUGACAAUGAAAGCUGUGAAGAAGAGAGAAGAAAUCGAUCAGCUUUUGGAGCAACUAAAUGCACAAGAAAAAGAGAUACAAGUUGAAAAAGAAAAACAACAGCAAGAGAGAAAAGAUUUUGAACAAUCAAAGGCUGAAUUCCUGCUGAAUGUUCUGGAGAACACCAGAAAGAAACAAGAAAUGGAAGAAAAGCUUAAAAAGGCAAACAUGGAAUAUGAGAGUGUCAUAGAAGAAACAAACAGGAAAAGGAGUGAACUAGAGAGAAUCAAUUUUGAUAUAUCAGAGCAAACCCAAAACAUUAAGACCAAGAAGGAGCAUCUGAAGAAAGAGAGAAAGGACAUUGAAAUGGAAAGGGAAGAGUUACUAAGAAGAGCUGAUGAACUGGAGCUGGAAAGAACAAAACUCAAGGAAAAAGAAGAGAUGAUUAAAAUGGCAAUGCAGGAAGAGGGGAAGAUUGUUGAGCAGAAGGGUGAUGAAAUCUUGAGACAGAAAGAUGAGUUACAGAAGAAAAAAGCAGAUAUGAUUCAGAAGCAGUGCGAAUUAGACAUUCUUCAGGAAGAAAUACAAAAACAAAGGGAUAAAAUGGAAGAAGUAGAAAACAAGUUACAGACUGAAAAGUCUCUGCUUGAGCAGAGAAAGACUGAAAUGAAUCAACAGCAGCAAAGACUGGAAGAGAGUUUAAAAGCCAUGAAUGAGGAGAGGAGUGAUCUGGAUAAGAGGAAGAUUGAAUCUGAAGCACACAGACAACAAAUGGAAAAAGAGAUGAGAGUAAAAGCAAAGAUGGAGAGGGAUGAACUUGAUCAGUUAAAGAGUGAACUGGAAAGAGAAAAGACUGAAAUAAAUCAUGAGCAGCAGAAACUGGAUGAUAACAAGAAAGCGAUUGAACAGGAAAAAAUGGACCUAGAGAAAAUGUGGUCUGAAAUAAUGAAACAAAAAUUGCAAAUGGAAGCAGACAGCAGAGAGAUAAUCAAACUAGAGAGAUCAGAACUUGACCAGAAAAUAGAAGACAUUGAGGUAGAAAAGGCUGAAAUUGAAAAGAGCAAGGUAACAGUACAGAAGUUAAAGAAUGAAGUGGAAGAACAUAUAAAUGAAAUGAAAGUCCAAAAAGAAGAAAUUGAACAUGAGAGACAAAAGAUCAUGGAUGAAAAAGAUUCACUGGCUCAAAGCAAGGCUGAACUGAAAAAGGAAAGUCAACAAAUCAGGGACAUGGAGGAAGAAAUAAAGAAGGAAAGGGAAACACUGAAGGAAACAGAAGGCCAUCUACAAAAGGAAAAAGAAGAAAUUGAGAGUGUUAUUGAAGAAACAAGGAGAAGAAAAGAGGAUAUGGAAAAGAUAAGCACAGACAUAGCCAAACAAAAACAGGAGUUGCAGAAUUCCAGAAAGCUUCUAGAACAGGAAAGAGAAGAAAUAAACAUUAAAUGGGCACAGUUACAACAAAGAAUUCUUGAUUUUGAAGUUAAUGUCAAAAAACAGAGGGAAGAUGGCAUGAAAGAACAGCAGAAUAUUGAAAACCAAAGAAAUCAUCUAGAGCAGUCCAAAGCUGAGAUCCUGGAACUGAAGACCAAAGCUGAGCAGGAGCAAGAAGACAUAAACCAAAGGAAUCAAGAGUUGAACACACUGCAAGAAGAGAUCAUUAAAGAGAAAGAGGAACUACAUGAAAGUAGAAACAUGGUUUUAACUGAAACAGCCACACUUAAGAUGAGAGCUGCUGAAAUAAACCAACAGCAGCAAGAGCUGGAUGAGAAGUUAAAAGAGAUGAUAGUGGAGAGAAAUGGACUUGAAACAUUGCGGAAUGAACUUCAGUGUCAAAGACAACAAAUUGAAGAGGACAUGACAAUGAAAGCUGUGAAGAAGAGAGAAGAAAUCGAUCAGCUUUUGGAGCAACUAAAUGCACAAGAAAAAGAGAUACAAGUUGAAAAAGAAAAACAACAGCAAGAGAGAAAAGAUUUUGAACAAUCAAAGGCUGAAUUCCUGCUGAAUGUUCUGGAGAACACCAGAAAGAAACAAGAAAUGGAAGAAAAGCUUAAAAAGGCAAACAUGGAAUAUGAGAGUGUCAUAGAAGAAACAAACAGGAAAAGGAGUGAACUAGAGAGAAUCAAUUUUGAUAUAUCAGAGCAAACCCAAAACAUUAAGACCAAGAAGGAGCUUCUGAAGAAAGAGAGAAAGGACAUUGAAAUGGAAAGGGAAGAGUUACUAAGAAGAGCUGAUGAACUGGAGCUGGAAAGAACAAAACUCAAGGAAAAAGAAGAGAUGAUUAAAAUGGCAAUGAAGGAAGAGAAGAAGUUUGUUGAGCAGAAGGGUGAUGAAAUCUUGAGACAGAAAGAUGAAUUACAGAAGAAAAAAGCAGAUAUGAUUCAGAUGCAGUGCGAAUUAGACAUUCUUCAGGAAGAAAUACAAAAACAAAGGGAUAAAAUGGAAGAAGUAGAAAACAAGUUACAGACUGAAAAGUCUCUGCUUGAGCAGAGAAAGACUGAAAUGAAUCAACAGCAGCAAAGACUGGAAGAGAGUUUAAAAGCCAUGAAUGAGGAGAGGAGUGAUCUGGAUAAGAGGAAGAUUGAAUCUGAAGCACACAGACAACAAAUGGAAAAAGAGAUGAGAGUAAAAGCAAAGAUGGAGAGGGAUGAACUUGAUCAGUUAAAGAGUGAACUGGAAAGAGAAAAGACUGAAAUAAAUCAUGAGCAGCAGAAACUGGAUGAUAACAAGAAAGCGAUUGAACAGGAAAAAAUGGACCUAGAGAAAAUGUGGUCUGAAAUAAUGAAACAAAAAUUGCAAAUGGAAGCAGACAGCAGAGAGAUAAUCAAACUAGAGAGAUCAGAACUUGACCAGAAAAUAGAAGACAUUGAGGUAGAAAAGGCUGAAAUUGAAAAGAGCAAGGUAACAGUACAGAAGUUAAAGAAUGAAGUGGAAGAACAUAUAAAUGAAAUGAAAGUCCAAAAAGAAGAAAUUGAACAUGAGAGACAAAAGAUCAUGGAUGAAAAAGAUUCACUGGCUCAAAGCAAGGCUGAACUGAAAAAGGAAAGUCAACAAAUCAGGGACAUGGAGGAAGAAAUAAAGAAGGAAAGGGAAACACUGAAGGAAACAGAAGGCCAUCUACAAAAGGAAAAAGAAGAAAUUGAGAGUGUUAUUGAAGAAACAAGGAGAAGAAAAGAGGAUAUGGAAAAGAUAAGCACAGACAUAGCCAAACAAAAACAGGAGUUGCAGAAUUCCAGAAAGCUUCUAGAACAGGAAAGAGAAGAAAUAAACAUUAAAUGGGCACAGUUACAACAAAGAAUUCUUGAUUUUGAAGUUAAUGUCAAAAAACAGAGGGAAGAUGGCAUGAAAGAACAGCAGAAUAUUGAAAACCAAAGAAAUCAUCUAGAGCAGUCCAAAGCUGAGAUCCUGGAACUGAAGACCAAAGCUGAGCAGGAGCAAGAAGACAUAAACCAAAGGAAUCAAGAGUUGAACACACUGCAAGAAGAGAUCAUUAAAGAGAAAGAGGAACUACAUGAAAGUAGAAACAUGGUUUUAACUGAAACAGCCACACUUAAGAUGAGAGCUGCUGAAAUAAACCAACAGCAGCAAGAGCUGGAUGAGAAGCUAAAAGAGAUGAUAGUGGAGAGAAAUGGACUUGAAACAUUGCGGAAUGAACUUCAGUGUCAAAGACAACAAAUUGAAGAGGACAUGACAAUGAAAGCUGUGAAGAAGAGAGAAGAAAUCGAUCAGCUUUUGGAGCAACUAAAUGCACAAGAAAAAGAGAUACAAGUUGAAAAAGAAAAACAACAGCAAGAGAGAAAAGAUUUUGAACAAUCAAAGGCUGAAUUCCUGCUGAAUGUUCUGGAGAACACCAGAAAGAAACAAGAAAUGGAAGAAAAGCUUAAAAAGGCAAACAUGGAAUAUGAGAGUGUCAUAGAAGAAACAAACAGGAAAAGGAGUGAACUAGAGAGAAUCAAUUUUGAUAUAUCAGAGCAAACCCAAAACAUUAAGACCAAGAAGGAGCAUCUGAAGAAAGAGAGAAAGGACAUUGAAAUGGAAAGGGAAGAGUUACUAAGAAGAGCUGAUGAACUGGAGCUGGAAAGAACAAAACUCAAGGAAAAAGAAGAGAUGAUUAAAAUGGCAAUGCAGGAAGAGGGGAAGAUUGUUGAGCAGAAGGGUGAUGAAAUCUUGAGACAGAAAGAUGAGUUACAGAAGAAAAAAGCAGAUAUGAUUCAGAAGCAGUGCGAAUUAGACAUUCUUCAGGAAGAAAUACAAAAACAAAGGGAUAAAAUGGAAGAAGUAGAAAACAAGUUACAGACUGAAAAGUCUCUGCUUGAGCAGAGAAAGACUGAAAUGAAUCAACAGCAGCAAAGACUGGAAGAGAGUUUAAAAGCCAUGAAUGAGGAGAGGAGUGAUCUGGAUAAGAGGAAGAUUGAAUCUGAAGCACACAGACAACAAAUGGAAAAAGAGAUGAGAGUAAAAGCAAAGAUGGAGAGGGAUGAACUUGAUCAGUUAAAGAGUGAACUGGAAAGAGAAAAGACUGAAAUAAAUCAUGAGCAGCAGAAACUGGAUGAUAACAAGAAAGCGAUUGAACAGGAAAAAAUGGACCUAGAGAAAAUGUGGUCUGAAAUAAUGAAACAAAAAUUGCAAAUGGAAGCAGACAGCAGAGAGAUAAUCAAACUAGAGAGAUCAGAACUUGACCAGAAAAUAGAAGACAUUGAGGUAGAAAAGGCUGAAAUUGAAAAGAGCAAGGUAACAGUACAGAAGUUAAAGAAUGAAGUGGAAGAACAUAUAAAUGAAAUGAAAGUCCAAAAAGAAGAAAUUGAACAUGAGAGACAAAAGAUCAUGGAUGAAAAAGAUUCACUGGCUCAAAGCAAGGCUGAACUGAAAAAGGAAAGUCAACAAAUCAGGGACAUGGAGGAAGAAAUAAAGAAGGAAAGGGAAACACUGAAGGAAACAGAAGGCCAUCUACAAAAGGAAAAAGAAGAAAUUGAGAGUGUUAUUGAAGAAACAAGGAGAAAAAAAGAGGAUAUGGAAAAGAUAAGCACAGACAUAGCCAAACAAAAACAGGAGUUGCAGAAUUCCAGAAAGCUUCUAGAAAAGGAAAGAGAAGAAAUAAACAUUAAAUGGGCACAGUUACAACAAAGAAUUCUUGAUUUUGAAGUUAAUGUCAAUAAACAGAGGGAAGAUGGCAUGAAAGAACAGCAGAAUAUUGAAAACCAAAGAAAUCAUCUAGAGCAGUCCAAAGCUGAGAUCCUGCAACUGAAGACCAAAGCUGAGCAGGAGCAAGAAGACAUAAACCAAAGGAAUCAAGAGUUGAACACACUGCAAGAAGAGAUCAUUAAAGAGAAAGAGGAACUACAUGAAAGUAGAAACAUGGUUUUAACUGAAACAGCCACACUUAAGAUGAGAGCUGCUGAAAUAAACCAACAGCAGCAAGAGCUGGAUGAGAAGUUAAAAGAGAUGAUAGUGGAGAGAAAUGGACUUGAAACAUUGCGGAAUGAACUUCAGUGUCAAAGACAACAAAUUGAAGAGGACAUGACAAUGAAAGCUGUGAAGAAGAGAGAAGAAAUCGAUCAGCUUUUGGAGCAACUAAAUGCACAAGAAAAAGAGAUACAAGUUGAAAAAGAAAAACUACAGCAAGAGAGAAAAGAUUUUGAACAAUCAAAGGCUGAAUUCCUGCUGAAUGUUCUGGAGAACACCAGAAAGAAACAAGAAAUGGAAGAAAAGCUUAAAAAGGCAAACAUGGAAUAUGAGAGUGUCAUAGAAGAAACAAACAGGAAAAGGAAUGAACUAGAGAGAAUCAUUGUGGAAAUAUCAGAGCACACACAAAAUAUUGAGACCAAGAAAGGGCUUCUGGAGAAAGAGAGAAAGGACAUUGACAUGGAAAGGGAAGAGUUACUUAGAAGAGCUGAUGAGCUGGAGCUGCAAAGAACAAAACUAAAGGAAAAAGAAGAGAUGAGUAAAACAGCAAUGGAGGAAGAGAAGAAGUUUAUUGAGCAGAAAAGUGAUGAAAUCUCAAGGCAGAGAGAUGAAUUAGGGAAGGACAAAGAGGACAUGAAGAAGAAGCAAAGUGAGCUGGAUGCUCUUCAGAAGGAAAUACUAGAAAAAAGAGAUGCAAUUGAAAAAGUCAAAUAUGAAUUACAGACUAAAAAGAAUGAAAUAAAUCUACAACAGCAAAGACUAGAGGAAAGUUUAAGGUCAAUGAAUGAGGAAAGGAGUGAUCUGGAAAAGAUUGAAUCUGAAGCACACAGACAACAAGUGGAACUAGAAAUGAGAGCGAAAUCAAAGAUGGAGAGGGAGGAACUUGAUAGGAAGAUGGAAAAGAUAUUGAUGGAACAACAAGAAAUUGAAAGGACCAAGAACAUGACAGACCACCUAAUGAAAGAUAUAGAGCAAGCAAGAGCAGAACUGAGUACUCAAGAGAAGGAGAUCAGACUUGAAAAGCAAAAAAUGCUGAAUGAGAGAAAAGACCUGGAGCAAUCCAAGGCUAAAAUCAAAAGAGAGGCUGCAGAAUUAACAAUCAUGGAAGAGCAGACUAUGAAAGAUAAGGAGAUAAUUGAGAAAAUGGUAUACCAACUACACAAAGAGAAAGAAAACUUACAAAAAACAAAAGAGGAACUUAAAGGACCACAUGUUGAACUGUGGGAAGAAGCCUCUCUAGGAGAACAGAUACAAAGGGAAAGAGAUGAAAUCAACAAACUCUUGUCUGAGCUUCAAAGGGAAAAAGAGGAACUUGAAAGAAACAAAAAGCUGAUAGAAAGUCAGAAAGAGGCCCUGGUAGAUAUGGAGAGUGAACAACUGAAAAAGAGUCAGGCAGUCAUCUUGGUGAGUUCUGCAACACAAACAUCACUGUCUGAUGUAGGUGAGAUAGGUGACAUUUCAACCCCAAUUCAGGAAGUGAGAGUUGAGGAGCAAAUAGAAAAACAAAAGGAAUACUCAACCUUCGUAACAAAGGGAAGAGAAUAUGAGAGAAUGGGAGAUGAAGAGGAAAGUAUGGCUGACAAGAUACAAAGGGAGAACAUGGAGCACAGAAUGAGAAGUGAACAGGGGACCAAAAUCAAGGCAAGUCGAGAGGACAUUGCACUGACAACACAAGAGAAUUAUAUACCAGUUCCAUCCAUGAUUGAGAGUGACAAGACAGUAAAGUUGGAAUUUGAGAAGGAUGAAACCGAUGGCCUUAGUGAGAAGCUGAAAGCUGAACUGGACAAGGCCUUGCUUGAAAAAAUCAGACAAGAAAUUGACAGAGAAAAGAAGGAUCUGGAGGAAUAUAAGUCAGCUUUGGAAAAACAAUUUGAAGACAUUGAGAUAUGUAGACAAAAUGCAGAAAAUGAGAUAUCUGAGUUAGAAAUGACCAAAAGAAAGAUGGAGAAGGACAUGGAAAGAAUCACAGAGGAGACUAAGAUCAAACAGGUGAGAUUAGAGAGUAUGGAUGUCCAACAUCAUGAAAAGAAGAGAGAAAUGGAAACAAUCUGCAAUGAGACAAAAAGGAGUAGAGAGCAGCUGGAUUUGAUUAAUAUGCAGCUAAAAAGAAAGAGACAAGAGAUGUACAACACUAAAGAGGCACAACAUAUGGAAGAACAUAUGUUUGGAAAACAAACCACCGACACACUUCCAGAGAGGGUGGAGAGUGAAAAAAAAAGACAGGAAUUACAGAUGUCUGACGAGGAAGAAAUAAAAAGCCAAAAGGAUGCAUUAGAGAAAGAGAGAGGUGAACUUGUAGAAAUGCAUACAGAGCUUCAGAAGAAGCAAAUGGAAAUGGAGAUGAGUCAAGCAAUACUCAAUUCAGAACGAGAUGAGCUAAACAGAAUGAGAAUUGAUCUGGAGACACAAAAAGAGCAGUUAGAACAUAUCCAGCAAAACAUAGAGACUGAAAGAGAUGAGCUGAAAUCAAGGCUUAGGAGAACAGAGGACACAGAGUGCAUUUUGGAGGAGGCACUGAAAGAAAAGGAAAGGGUAGAACAAAUGGCAUCCCAACUUACCAAAGAACAGGAAGAAUUAAAAAACAUAAUAAAAGAGACAAAAAGAUUGAUGGAUGAGAUCAAAGUUAUUGAUGAGGAAAGUAAAAUGAAGCAAGAAGAAAUGGAGCAGAUUAAGGAACUGAAACAAAAGGAACUGGAUGAAAUAAAAACCAUGAACGAGAGUGAAAAUCAAGAGCUGCAGUUCAAGAAAGCGGAAUUCAACAAAAUGAAGACUGAAAUUGAUGCUGAAAGGGAAGAAAUUCAAAGAAUAAAGGAGGCAUGUGAGAGAGAAAGAAUUGAACUGGAACAAAUGAUAGCAGACUUACAAAAUGAAGAGUUACAGCAAAUCAAUGCAAAAGUGCAAUGCGAUGAAAUGCAGCAUAUGAAGGACUUGGUGAAGAAAGAGAGAGAAGGAAUAGAACAGAUAAAGGCAGACCUAAAGAAUAAGCAGAAAGAAAUUGAGAACAUGAGGGAACAGACAACAAGAGAGAAGGAUGAGCUAGAACAGAAAAAAGCAGAAAUGCAGCAAAUGACUGAAGAAAUAAGGGGCACAGCCAUUUACAAAGAAAUGGCAGUUCACUUUCAGGAGGAAACAAUUAAAAUCGAAGCAAUCCUCAAUGAAACCAAGAGACAGAAAGAUGACCUGGAACAGAUAAAUGCUGAUUUGAUCAGGCAAAAAACAGUGCUGGAAAGCAACUGCCAUUUUCUAGAAAGACAAAAGACACAAGUGGAAAACAAAUUACUUGCAUUACAGGAUGUGGUGAAUGAACUUAAUGUUAAGCUUAAGGAAUUAGAAGAUCUCAAAAACACCACGCCAGAAGACAGAGAGGCAGAGAAGAAUGCUCUGGAUAAAGUCAAGGAUGAAACAUUUAAAGAACAGGAGAUAAUUGAAGAAAAAAAUGAAGCUAUAAGAAUGAGAAGAGAUGAGCUGCUGCACAUGGAACAGGAAAUUGAAAAGCAGACAAUGUUCUUAGAGGAAAUAAUGAAAAAAGUGACAAUAGAGAGGGCCGAAUUAGAACAAGAGAGGGCUGAAAUAUACAAACAAAAGCGACCACCGGGAGACAUUGUGGAAGCCACAGAAAGGAAGUGGGAUGACGCGCUGAUGGGCACUGAAAGAUCAAGACAAGACAUAAAGAACCAAAUUGAGCAAAUCUUAAAAAUUGAGAGAGACGAGAUAAUACAACUGAAGGAUCAGUUACUAAAAGAGAAAGAGGAUGUUGAAACCAUGAAAGAGAGAAUAAAUAGAGAGAUGGAACAUAUUGAAAAGGUGCAAUCCCAGCUAGAUAACCAACAAGACAAGAUAAAGAUUGAAAAGCAAAAAUUAGAAGAAAGAAGCAAGGGCCUACAACGGAAAGACAAUGAGAUUCAAGAAAAGACAACUGCUCUCAAGAAAAUAAUGGAGGAAUUACAAAAAGAAAGGGAAGACCUAAAUGUUGUAGCAAUUCAACACAAAAAAGAAAGAGAAGAGAUUGAUAUAAUAGCAGAGGAAAACAAAAGAAAACAGGUGCUGACUGAAGCUGAGAUUCAAAGACAAUUACAGGACAUUGAAAACAUCAAAGUCAGCUUGGCAAAGAAUAAGGAAGAGAUUGCUCAAAUGAAAGCAGAGACAGAGAUUAAAAGUCAGGAACUAGAGAAACUCAUCAGAAAACAGCAAAAUGAGUUUGAAAUCAAAGAGAAGGACUUGCAAAGAGAAAAAACAACUUUGGAGCAGAUACAUUUUGAUCUUGAACAUAUUAAGGUUGAUGCACAACAACAGACUGAGGAGCUUGAGAAAAUCAUGGCAGAGAGAGAAAAAGGUACGGCACAAUAUCUUGGAAUGGAAAAGGAAGAGCUUGAAGGUUUAAAUAAAGUAAUCCAAAGAAGGAAAGAGGAACUGCACAGUUUAAAUGUUGAGAUAGAAAGGUCUAAACAUGAAAUGUCUCGCAACAAAUACUUAAUCGAAAACGAAAUGGAAAAUCUGGAGCAGAAAAGGACAAAUUUGCAGACACAAGUUGAUGAACUAGAAGUCAAGAUCAAAAUGAAGGGGAAAGACAAUAAGAGAAGGAUGGUAGAGAGAGAAAAUCAGAUCAAAGCUACUUUACAAAUGGUAAGAGAUGACACUGACACUGAAAAGAAAGAUAUUAAACAAAGAGAAGGUGAAUUAGUAUUGCAGGUAGAUCUGCAGACACAGAGGGAUGAAUUAGAAGAAUUGAGAAACAAAAUUGAGGCAGAGAAGCAUCAGCUUGAAAAUAGAAAGGUUAUGUUAGAACAACAGGAGCAGGAGGCAGAGGACAUCAUGGAAGUCAUAAAACAGGAGAGAGAUAUGCUUAAGAACGAGAAGACUGAACUUGAUAAACACAGACACAACCUAAAGGAAGAUAUGCAGGGAGAACAAGAACAACUUGAAAUGCUUAAAAAUGAUAUACAAAAGGAGUGGGAGGAGAUUGAAAACAGCAAAAAGAUCAUUGAGAGCGAAAAACAUCAGAUCAAAACAGAUAGAGAUGAGUUAAACACAUUAAAGGAACAGAUUGAACUCAGCAAACAAAGCAUACAACAUAAGAAAUAUUUUAUGCAACAAGAAAAGGACAUGAUACAGAAAGAAAGAGAGUAUAUCGAAGGCAUUUUAGAAGAAAAAAUGAGAACAAAGCAGGAAAUGGAGGCGAUGGCUUCCCAAAUUUUACUGCACAAAACAAAGUUGAGAAAUCUAACAGAGCAAAUAAACAGUAAGAUAUCUGAACUCGAGAAGUUAAACAAAGAGAUUCAAGUAAAGAGACAAGAAGCAGAAAUGGAAACAGAUGACCAUUUAAAUAAGGCCACUGAUGCCCUGAGAGAAGAAGGACUAGUAAAGAAAGAAAAAACAGAUGUACCACAGAUAUAUCACCAGAGAAAGAUGAAGACCAUAACAAUCGAUACUGAAACCCAAACGUCUUUGGAUAACAUGAAGAAAAAUGAUGACGAUAGAGAAAAGGAAUUAGAAGAAACAGCAACAACAAAGACACAGCAACCCAUUGAUGUUUCCACUGUGACGAAGUCAGAGGGCUCAUCUGAAGUGCAGACAGAGAGGCAAGAAAUUAGUAUUUUGAAGGAAUCUUUAAAGAAAGAAAUGGAAGAUUUAGAGAAAAUGAAGACUAUAAUGAAAAAGGAGAGAGAUGAACUGGCACGAGCAAAAGAGGACAUUCAAAGAAAGUCAGAGGAUAUUGAGAGGAUUAUGGAAGAAGCCAUGAAGGAGAGGUCAAGAGAUGAGAAAAGACUACUCAAACUUACAAAAGACAAGGAGAAACUAUUAAAGUACCUGGAUGAGAAAAAUAAAGAAAUAGAGAACAUCAGGGAAAUGUUCCAGAGAAAGAAGGAAGAACUGGAAUAUAAUAUAUCUGCGGCGAAAAAAGAGAAGGAAAAAGUUGAGGCUGAAAAUGAAUUGCUUCAGCACAAGCAAAAUGAACUACAACAGGAACAACUGAAGAUCCUCAGAGAAGUAGACAAGGGUGCAGAAGAAACCAAGGAUAUCACACAAAAAACAGACAUGGAACAAGUACAAGAUACUAAAGAUGUACUAGAACCAAAAACAACAGACAAAGACAGCAGUCUGAAAGUGACUGGUAUACAUAUGCCAAAAACAGACGGAGUAACCCAAUCUAAUGCAGAGACACGAACAUUUGAAACUGCCCAACAAGAUGUUCUCCAACUGAGGGAUUACAUAACACUAGAAAGAGAUGAGCUACAAGUCAUGAGAGCUGAAUUACAGAGGCAAAGUGAUGAAAUGAAAACCAUACAAACUGGCUUGCUUGAGCUUGAUGAGGCAAAGGCAGACCUACAGAAUGUGAGGGAUGAAUGUACUGCUGCUGAAGAAGAAAAAUUAGAGAUCAUGGAGAGUACUAGGAGGAGGAGGAACAGUCUAGAGAAGGUUCCUGCUGAGGUCCUGAGCCUGAGAGAACAGAUAAAGCAUCUAACUCAAGCAUGCCAAGACAAAAAGAGUGAACUGCUACAAAUAGAGACCGACAUACAAAAACAGAGGAUGAGGACUGUAAAGACUCAACUGGAUACUGAUAUUCAGAGCCAGCAAGAAGACAAAGAAGUAAGAGUAAAAGAACAUACUGAAGACAUUAAGCAGAGGAGAACUCAAGAGACACAAACUGCGGACCAGACUUCCACAGAGCCACUAGAAACACUGGGAAGUGAUGCUCUACCAUGCAAUGAAGAGAUAAAUUCGAUGAAAAACAGAAUACAGGAGAUGAUAGAGGAAUUAGAGAACAGAUUACAAGACAUACAGAGGAAGGAACUGGAAAGGCUUGGCAUGCACAGAGAAAAAAUAGAGCUGGAGCUAAGAAAAGCAGAGAUUGACAGAUUUACUGAAGCACUCCAGCAUGAUAGAGAGGCUGACAGACUAAAACUCAUGGAACGGGAGAGAGAAAUUCUUCUAUUACGGGAAUGUAUGCUGAUUGAGAUAAAUCAACUGAAGAGCAAAGGAGAAGUGACAAGUACGCAACACUUGGAGAGGAUGGAGCGCCUCAUCAGGGAUGCAGCUGUAAGGACGGACAGAUUCAAGCGGGUCAUGGACAGAGCCGUGCAAACGCUGGCAUCUGAGAGAACAGGAGAGGAAAUGGGAGAAGUUCAGAGGGUGACUGUUCAGCAGGUGGAAGGUAUCAGUAGAGAUGCAGGGGUGGAGCUUUCUCCGGACAUCCUGAGUGAGGACAUGGAGGAGGGAGAAUUCCAGAGAGGGGCAGUCGCUGGGUCCAUUUCACGGAGAAGGAGACUACUGCACUGGAUCAGACGCUGCUGCAGUAGCUGCUGUCCUAUAACUCCAAGACAAACUGAGGAGGAAGAGCAGGACAUUUUAUAAGCCUUGUGAUAUUUUACAUGAAAAUACAUGAAUCUGAAAGUAUUCACGUCUAUGCAUUACCAUUAUUUGUUACAUAUAGUGUGGUGUGAAACAUUUUGACACUUCAAAGUCUACUAAAGACCUAAAAUAGAACCAAGAUACCACAUGCAGUAGCAUAAUAAAUAUUUAGUUACAGUAUGAGUAUUUGAAUAGCAACCAAUGCCUUGCUGUUACAUAUUUCAUGAUGUUUAUCACUGUUCAUAUUAUCCAACAGCCUUGAGUGCUUUGCACUUUCAAAACACGUUGCAGAUGUUUGCAUAUACAUUAUACUAACUGAUCACUGAAAAAGCAAUAAUAUGCAUACAUGCACUUUUCAUCUGCAGUUAACACCUAGAAAGAAUCACAGAAGGCAUUAACAUAAUGUAUGCGAAUGCAUGUUUAUAUUUCUGUGUGCAUGUGUGCUGUUUUCCCUAAUAUUAUUUUUGUGAAACACUCUGGGACCUGGAUCAACUGAAGCCAAAAUAAUCUACAUUGAUUUCCCAAUGCUAAUGAACAUAAUUAUAUUGUGUAUUUGUGUUUGUUUGUUUGUUUUCUUAUAUCCUCUCCUGGACCAUUUUUCCCAGAAGGAACUGAAGUGUUGGGCUCACUAAAUAGGGAACUUUGGAAAUUAGGAAAUUACUUAAAAAGCUAUCUAUGAAACAAGCAAAGCUCUCUGUCAGGCAAUAUUCAAGGUAAAUGCACAUCCCUUUUAGGAGCGAGAACACAGAUGAAUGUGAGAGGAUGGAUAUCACAAUCUUACGACUCACUCCACCAGCAUGAAUGCUCGGGUCAUAUUUGUGUUCAUAUUCUUGCUGCUCCGCAUUGAAGGGAGUGUUGCAUAUGUGCCCUGUUUAAUAUGGAUACAAAGAAGCUGCUGUGAGUGAUGAAUUUCACAACGAUCCACAGCAUGCCAGACUGCUGCCAGUGAACUGUGCAGGCAGGUCAGUUGCAAAGGCCAUUGAAUGACCUUAACAUAGGAGAGCUUUUCAAGUUUCAUCUGAGUUGCACAAUAAAGAGGCAAUUUGCUUUUAAAUAAUGACUCCAUAAAGUUCCCAUUAAGAGGAUCCAACACUCAUUAGUUCCAAAAUAAAUCUAUCGUUAUCUAUUAAGUAUAUCCCAGAGUUUAAAAUUGAGUAAAUUCUUAAAAACAUUGCACACACACACACACAAAAUAUUUAAUUUAAUAUUUAACAUAUUUCACUUGUUCACUUGCUCUUUCCCUUGACCUCUACAGUUGUUUAUACUAAGCAAAUGACAUUUUCUAUCCCCUAACCCUAAAUUUAACCCUAGAAACCUUCCUUCCUUUAACAUACUAAUGUAGAUAUUAUUUAGUUUGUUAAUUAAGCUGUUUCCUUGUGGGAGCUGUUGGCUUGUUCCCACAAUGUGAUUUCAGUUUUUACAGAAUGUACCAUGUAGGAAAAACCUUAACACACAAACUCAAUAUUUAAUGUUUGCAAUGUAUUGCUUUGGAUUUUAAAUAAAGUGCUUUUCUGAAUUUAA